CUGUCUGGGCUCAGCAGCCUAGAAGAGAAAGCCAAGGGGGCGCGCGCGCGAGGGGCAGUCCAGGGGGAGCGGCCGGCGGGAGGUGGCGCCCGGGGCGUCUCCCUCGGGCACCGAAAGGGGGACUCGGCUCGGGCCGGGCGCGCGUGGUUGCGCGUGUGUGCCUUGCAACUCCCAGAGUCACCUCUUCUCCUUUUUUUCCCUUUUCCUUUUUUUUUUUUUUUUUGCAUUCACACAAGAUGGCGAUGGAGGAGGGGAGGCAGCAGCGACAGCAGCAGCCCUUCGCUCGCGCGCGCGUCUAACCCUCGCGCGCCAGACCCAACAGGCGAGCCGCGGAGCAGACUCCGGCCGCCGGGGUUGCUGCCUCGCUCGCUCGCCCGCUCGCCGCCACCUUCUCCUCCCGACGCCCCCUUUCGCACACCCGGAGCUCCGAAGGGCUUACAUGGCGCUAGAGGGACUGUUUGGCCUCGCGAUUCUUGCCUUGACCUUGACCGUGGAAGGUAAAGACCCAAACCCAGGAGAGGGGUCCGGGGAGGGGGGCUGAGGGCGCUUGGCGUGGCUGGGCGCUUUUUUUUCUUCGUGGGAUGGGGAUUUGUGGUUGUAUUUCCUACCCCCCCUCCAACCUUGCUAGUCGGUCGGUGCAAAGAACCGGGCGCGGUGGAGCGCAGAGCGGGAGCUGGGCAGGGCGCGCGGGACCCCUCGCCCUGGGGCCACGCAAAAGGAAACGCGCAAAUAAUGGGUUGUGUGUAGACGUGAAGAGGUCAGGCUCGCCGCUCCGUGGUUCCAUCUCAGCCUCCAAUCUUCGCUGGCGCGUCCACAAUGGGCAACGUGGUGGUGAUGGCCCUGGCGAGGGGGGAGGGUGCGCGCCGCGGGGCUCCGGCCGUCCCGUUGCUCGGCGGGGUGACGAGCGCAAACAGGUGUGUGCGCGUUUGCACGUGCAAUCCGCGCGCCGAAUCCCAGGGCGGCCUCGCCUCGCCUCUUGCGACUGGUCGCCGGGCUGGCGUGGCCGGAGCUGCCCGCUCCCCACGCGGGGUGGGUUUGUUUGCUGGCUUACGAGGCGUCGUGGAAGCGGGACGCGCGCGGCGGGGAAAGGCUCUGCGCAAACGGACCUUCCUCUGGAGAUCGGAUGGUGCCCUCUUUGUGAUGGCCUUGGUUUUUCGACAAUGCCCCCCCCCUCCAAAAAAACACACACCCGUCCUGCAUACUGGGGUGGGGGGUGUUAAAGAAAGCCUUGCAAAAAAUGCGAGGUGGAGAGGGGAGUUUCAGGUACUUCCAUGGCGACGUUUCCAGCGUUCUAUGAGAUUUGCGCGGGGGGUGGGGGAUCAACAAACAAAGACCGCCAUGCUCUCCAAGCGGGCUUUGGAACGGGGUCUUCCCGGCUGUCCAACAGAUAAAGGAUCUAUUGGCAACGAGAGAAAAUCACACCCGCAUUAGCCAGCUGUCUUGUUUGCAAGAUGGCAUUGGUGUUCACCGCCCGCCACCCUUUCCCAUUCAGUCUUUGUCCAGGGUUAUGAUCGCGUUCGCCCUCCCCACGUCCCUCAAAAGUUGUUUUCCUAGGGAACUUCUCGCCCCUGCCUGGCAAAACUGUCUCGGGGGCUGCUGUGAGACAUCUCACCAAAGAUGAGUGAAGAGCCUUCCCAGGCGAGUAACUCUGAAGAACCGCUGCAAUGAGCCUUAGGGAAAAGUCAGCAGGUUGGUGGUAGCCAGGCAGCUGCUUUCCUGAUACUUUCAGACAGGGCUGGGUAUGUCCCCUGGCUGAAACUCGGCUGGUCAGUAUGGACAGUGCUAAGCUAGAUAGACCAAUGGACUGUACCAGGCAAAUUCCUGUGCUCCUGAGACACGGCAGGUGCAGGCAAGCUGGCUGGCGACUUAACCCAAAUCUUCCCCUGGUUUUCUAUGAGACUUUCAUAGAGGCAGAGUUGCAACUACUGCAGCUGCUAGUUGAGUUGAGUUGGAAAGCAGAAUAGAGCAGCUUUUCCUGCAAUGGGUACCCUCCGUGAUGUUUUCAGGCUGAUGGGAGUUGCAGUCCAAGAUUUCUGGAGGGCACCUUCUGCGGAAGACAAUUCCUAAAGUAGUGUAGACUUUCUGGCCAGGAUGGAAUGGGCAGAAGGUAGCCAUGGCUGCUUCUGAAAACCUCAGGUGGCUGGCCAGUGGAGUGUCAUUUGUGACACCUUUGUUCCAAAAUCCAUGCAGUAUAGAGCACGCGGCUGGGCUCACUGGCAUGAGCGGCCUGGAAAGUAUUUGCUUUGCCAACGGACGAAAAGGGAACAUUCUUCCGUUCCUUUUUUCCUGCUCUGUAACUGGAUUAGUUUUGAAACAGCUGUAUUAAAAAUCCAGAGAAUGUAAUAAAGUGUCACUUAAUAUUUGGUUGAACGAUUCUUUCAUACAAUCAUAGAAUUGUAGAAUGGGAAGGGAACCUGAGGGUCAUCUAGUCCAACCCCCUGCAAUGCAGGAAUCCUGCUCAUAGCUGUGAGCCAUCCCUGGGUGGGCUCGAACCACCAGCCUUGUGGUUAACAGCCAGAUGCACUGACCCAUCAAACUGUAAAGAGCAACUGAUUCUUAUUAUUAAACAAUUCCUGCAACUGACAUACAGUUCAGGUAGUGGCUCCCCACCCCCCAUAGGCUAUCUCUGUGCUGUGAAAAAACCCCACUACAGUAUUGUUUGUUAAUUUCUACCAUGCCAGACUGUUGCUCAAAGGAGCAGGAGUGGUGAAAGAAGUUUGCAACCUUCAUUUCAUAUGAAAACAGCUGUCUGGCAAACUACUUUCUGAAGCACUUUCUCCCUCUUUUGAAAGGGCUUGAGGCUUGGGCCAAGCAGGGAGGGGAGGGGCUUCAGGCAGGGAGAUGGGUGAGGGACUGGGUGAGGUGCAAAGAGAGGUGGAUUUGGUCAGGUGAAAAGGGGCAGGUUUUGGUGAGCUGUGGGGAAAAGGGGUUGGGAAAGGGACUAGCGAGUGGAGCAAGCAGGGGUGGUAGCCCCUACUUUAUAGGACCAGGGGCUUACAUGUAGGCAUGGCUAGGAAGCUGCUUUGGACAGUGUUGGAAAUGGAGUCAGGGAAGAAGAGACUAGGGAGAACAGUGUGUUCUUUAGAGGCUGCUGGAUCAGGCCAAUGGCCCAUCUAGUCCAGCAUCCUGUUCUCACAGUGGCCAACCAGAUGCCUUUGGGAAACCCACAAGCAAGACCUGAGCACAAGAGCUCCUGAGGUUUGCAGCAGCUGAUAUUCAGGAACAAUGCCAGAGCACAGCCUUUGCUGCAUGUAGCAAUUAAUAGCUCCAUGAAUUUGUCUUUUAAAGCCAUCUACACUGCUGGCCAUCACUGCCUCCUGUGAGAGCAAGUUCCGUAGGUUAACUAUGUACUGCUUGAAUAAGUCCUUUCUUUCAGCUCUCAUAUCCAAAAAAUUUAUUAGUUUUCCAGCAUAGUUUUGACACAAAUAAACAAACAAUAUAAACAAACAUAAAUCUUCACUCUAAACCAAACUUCAGUAACUUUGUUAAGUGACUUACUCAUGUCUCCCUAGUUGAAUUUCAGUGUAAAUCAUUUUAACGGUUUUCAACACCAAUAUUCUCAAAUUUUUUUUAAACUUAUUCAUUAACAUCUUUCUUUCUUUUCAAUUCAGCAUUACCUCUUCUUAAUUCAUCACUUAACAUAUUAAAAUCCUAAGCCUAUCUGGUAUUUACAAGCUUCUUCAAUUAACUUAACUUCACAUAUUUAGCUAAAUAAUCUUUAAAUUUCGUCCAUUCUUCCUAGUAGUCCUCCUCCUCCUGGUCACAGAUUCUCCAGGUCAGGUCGGCUAGCUCUGAAAAGUCCAUCAUCUUCAUCUGCCUCUUUCAGCUCUCAUAUCUGGUGCACUUGCCUUUAGAGUAAUAAAGAGCAAAUUUUCAAAUGAUUCUCAAAUGAAUGAUGUUCAAAUUCUCAAACGAAAUACCUCCUCUCCACUGUUAAACUUUGCUGCAGUUGCAUUUAGUGGGGGGGGGGGCGGACUUCAGAGAGGUGAUUGUCAAAUGUCUCUCUGAAGUACCUCACCCCUCUAUUAAACAGCUCACCUGGACCACCUGUUGCCUGCCUGCCUGCCAUCAUACUGCUGGUGGCGUGGCCACCUAUUAGCAGCCAUGUGUACUACAGCAUGACAACAGCCUUACGUUUUUAUGUAUAUAGGAAGAUGUGUGUCUAUAGUAGAGGGGAUUUCAGGGCAGAGAUGAGUUGUACCUGUUGACAUUCCCCCUUGCACACAUAUAUGAACUGUUCCAGGAGCUCUUUGGCUUCUCUUUCUGCUGCCUCUGGAUUAUUAAAAAGUGUUAAAUGUGGCCAAAUGGGAGCCCCGCUUUCCAGAUCAAACUGAUUUGCAGCUCCCUCAAACUUUGCUCCUGCUGCUGUUUUGGUUAAUGAAAAAUUUUGCUGUGGCUUUAGCUUAAUGCAGGUCUGUAAAUUGUUAACACAUUCUGUACAUUAUUCAGCUGGAGUUCCUUUAAAGAAACCUUUCUCUCAUUUUCCAAGGUGUGCAGUAUAAGGCUUGCAAAACAGCAGGUUUUUUGCUUGAUUUUACUAGCCUCCAUUCUUCAAGCAGAUAGGAAACAACUUUCCCCAUCAAGGCAGGCAACCACUAGGGCCUGAGACACUUUCUAAAAGCCCCCUUUCCCAACCCAUCAAACACAGCAUCCCCCCACCCCCCAAUUCCACUGGAGAUGUACACAGUCUUUCCUUAUCCAAAUUUCUGUUUGUGUAGGGGUGUGCAAGUUUUUGGAUGCCACAGGAGUCUUCCUCAAGCAGGAUGGAAAGAGGGGCAGUAGCUUGGGGGUGUGGAGAGCAAAGCCCAGCUAUCAAAGUUUCUAAGCCUCAUAAUUGUAGCCCAUCAAACAGCCUGAUUGUGCAUGUGCUUAAUCAGAGGCAAGCCCCAGUAAUUUCAAUGGGGCUUUCCUUUCAAUAGGACCGCAGUCAUAUUCCUUGCCCACCCCCUUCUCUAAUCAAAAUCUUGUCUUCGCGUUCUGCAUCUCUGUGGCUUGGUUUGGUUGCAGUUUUUAAGGCUUGCGCACAUCUCAAUAAAAGAGGCGAAGGAGAAAUUUUGGCAGAUGUCACUUGUCAUGCAAUUCUUUUCUCUGUUGCACAAGAGGUCGUUAACGCAGAAGCCCAUAAUCUCCUUUGUGUCAGGAUUAUUCAGAUAAAAAUCAGGCAAGCCACGUUAUGUGCUGAAAACGUAAAACCUUUAAGAAGUGGAUGGGAAAAGGCAGCUGAGGAAAUAUGGCUUUCGUUGUUUUCUAAAAAUGCUUUCGGGGGAUGGCUUUUCACAACUUGUGUCUGGAUAAAUAUGCAUUUAUAAAAAUUAUAAUGACUUGCUAAUAAUCGGAACAAUAGCACAGAGCUAUACAUCGUAUUGCAUUACAGUUUCAAGCAUCUUUCUUUCUUUUUUUAUAAGAUAUUUAUUAAAGUUUCAGCAUAUUACAAAAAUAAGAGAAAAAAGUAAAAGAAAAUAAAAAAACGAAAAUAAAAAUACAGGGUAAAAACAGUUAAAAACAAGUCAGUCUUUCCAUAUCUUAUCUUUCAUUUGCUUGCUUCCCUGACCUCCUCACACCUCCCUUUUUUGUAUUCCAGUUCAAUUAGUUAAUUCAGCAAUUCCUUUCCCUCUUUGAUUUUAUCUUAAUCUUUUAUCUUAAUAUAUUAUAGCUUUAAAUUAUCACCUGUUAACAAUCCUUUUUUACAUAUUCCUUUAUAACAUUACUACUAAAGACCACUUAACUUCAAUCCAACAUCAUUCUAACAUUCUCAAGCAUCUUUCUUUCUUUCUUUCUUUCUUUCUUUCUUUCCAUGUCUUUCACUUUCUUUGCCCACUGAACGUUUUCAAUAAAAUAUAAAUAUUUUUAAAAAAACUUUUCCAGGGGGAAGUGAUCACUCGGAAGAAACACUAUAAAAAAUCAUGUACCCCUUCCCCUCCCCUAAAAGUUGCCAUCAUGUUCCCCUGGCACACAUAAAUUAAACAGGUUCCCUUUCUCCCGCAUUACUCUCCCCUCUGUACAAGGGAGGAAACCCUACUAAAUUUUGCUGUGCCUCUCUUAAAAGCACAGGACUAGACCCAGUGAAAAACCUGGCAACCCUCCUUUCUCUUUUGUCAUUCUUUUGUCAUGUUUGCUCUCCCUAAGAGGGUCCCUCUCCACCCCCCUUGAAAGCCUGAACCAUAUUGCUGGAACAGACUCUGGGUGUGUAUUGCAAACAUAUAGUAUUCACCUUUUCUCUGCUCAGUGCAGACUGUUCUGACUAUAGCAAGGUCUCUUCUGUUGUGGAUUUUCCCUGAAGAACUUGCAGAAGCACUUUAGAAAAAGAAAAGAGAGCGACAUGCCCCGUUGGUUUCUGUUAUGGCAGUGCGCGUUGCUUGCUUUGUGGUGGGGCUCCCGAAAGGGACAGAACCAGCUCUGGGAACGGAGAGGUGAAAGAAAGAAGCUUUUUUCCCACUAGCUCGACAAUCGGAUUAUAUAAUCCUCAAUUUAGGCAGUUUGUAUCAGGUUCCUUUUGUGAAUUUCCUCCCUUGACUUUAAGGCUUUUUUUGUUCCCUGCGGAUGCUUUUUCUCCCUUUCUCUUCACUCCCCCCCACCCCUCCCCACACCAGAAGCUGUUGGCGUCUGAAUAGACUUAGGACCCUUUCCCUGAGAAUUUGGGUCUCCCAUUGUCUUGGCAGUCACAUGCCUCUUGCUCGUUUUUCCCCGAAUGGUCACCUGCAUGCAGAUUUCAUUCAGCUCCUUGCACAAUAUCAUUUUGCAAAGGCACACAGGCCUGCUUAAAAUGCGCUUGGCUUUUUCGGGACCAAGUUUCUAUAGAGAGAUGGGCUGGCAGGGAAGGGGAAGUUUGGGGUUGGUGGCUUUCAGUGCCGGCUGGGAAUCAAAUUGGCUUGAGGGGGCAGUGGAUGAAAAUACUCUUUUUAAAUUGUAAAAAUUAUUUAUUAUUUAUUUAUUAUUAUUAUUAUUAUUAUUAGUUGUUGUUGUUAGCCCCAGCCACUCUGGGCAGCUUCCAACAAAUUAUAAAGCCACAGCAAAACAUUUUGGAUGCUGUUUGUUCAGAAGAAGACAAAACGUGAGACUUCACAUUCUCAGAAUUAAUUCAUUGAAUUUGCUGCCCCCCGGGGUAGGCUGAUAGAUUAGCCUUUCCUAACCCAUUGUCCUCUCGACAUUUUAGACUACACCUCCCAUGGCUGGGCCUGAUAGGAGUUGUAGUCCAAAACAUCUCGAAGGCAGCGGGUUAGAAAAAGGUACAUCAAUUUUGGCUUGAUGGAUUCUUGAAGGCAAGAUCAAUAUGCUUUGCUUGGUAAGUAGAGACUCCAUGCUCAGAGGCAAUGUACCUUGGGAUACCAGUUGCUGCAGGUGAUGCACCUGUGCACAGAGGAACAUCGCAGGUUGCCUUACACCAAGUCAGACCUAUUGGUCCAGCUAGAUCAGUGUUGUCGACACUGACUGGCAGCAGCUCUUCAGGGUUUCAGACCAGGAGCUCCUCCCAGCCCUUCCUGGUGCCCUCAGUGGCCAGUGUGGUGCCUAUUGAGGCAGCUCCAGCCUGCUUACAGUCUCCUUCCCUGCUCUUGACGUUUUCCACAGCAGUGAGCCCAGCCGCCCUGGUUCAUAUAAUUAAGCAAGUAUUUAAUUGCACAGUAAUUUGUCUCUGGCCUGCAUCCCAACGUUUUUCCUUACUCCAUAUUUGCAUUACAGAGGGAGAACGCAGCAACUUAACGAGAGCAUUGUUGUUUGGGUAGCGAGUUAAUUUUGUGCUUUGGGAAUAGAAAGAGGCUAUUUGGAGAACUGAAAUGCAACUUAGGCAAAAAUGCCCAGGAGAGGAGGAGACCUAGGUUGCAUUUCUGCCUAAGUAUUCAGUGAUAUACUUCCUUUGAAUAUGGAGGUUCUCCAUGCUCACACAUAAAGUACCCAAAUGAAUGCAUCAUGGAUUCCCCAACCCUAUUUCCUUCUCCCUUUAUUUAAAGGUUUAUUUUUCUUCUAUUACAACUAUAGUGGUACCUCGGGUUACAUACGCUUCAGGUUACAUACACUUCAGGUUACAGACUCCGCUAACCCAGAAAUAGUACCUCGGGUUAAGAACUUUGCUUCAGGAUGAGAACAGAUAUCGUGCUCCGGUGGCGCGGCAGCAGCGGGAGGCCCCAUUAGCUAAAGUGGUGCUUCAGGUUAAGAACAGUUUCAGGUUAAGAAUGGACUUCCAGAACGAAUUAAGUUCUUAACCCGAGGUACCACUGUAUUCCAAAUCUACGUUUUUGUCCCAACAGGGGCUCCUGAGUCAGUUUGAAAAUAGAGAUUUCUGUCCUGCCGAUAUGUAUGUAUGUAAACAAAUUUGCUAAACGCACACCCCAUGCAAAAGAAGCCCUCUAAGUAGUUUACAAAAAUAUAUAUAAUAAAACAUUUACAUUAUCAAUAAAACAAGUUAAAAACAGGUGUUUAAAAACGUCCAGAAGACGAUAAAAAAUCAAUAGCAGCAGAAAAAGAAAUAUAUGUAACUUCUCUGUGUCUGUAGAGGCUUUCCUGAACACAAAUGCUUUAAGCAGGUGAUAGAAAGAGUGCAUUGAAGGUGCCUCCCUGGUGUCAAUAGGCGGGGAGUUCCAAAGUGUAGAGAUGCUGCUGCACUAAAAGAUGGAUUUAUUACCAGUUUCGAAAAAUUCCAAGUUGGUUUAAUAUGAAAUAGUGCCUCACAAGUGCCCCUUGCACCAGAUCUGCCUCUUAGCACCACCAGGUGUCCAACGCUGCUUGAAAUCUUACAGAAUCCUCAUAUAGAACUAUCUAAACAGCACUAUGCUUCCGGGAACUUGGCUGAAGGCACUCUGUCCAAAUCACACCCAGCAGAAGGUGUGUUGGGAUCUACUGGUAGAAUUUUUGAAUACAGUUCCUUUUCUCAUUAAUUGAUGGAGAAUGGUUAACCCUCACCCCCCCCAAAAAAAAAUAUGUCGGAGAAAUUUUCAGCAUAGUACUAACUGGACGAGAAUUAUAUGGAAAAGAAGACUGCCGUACAAAGGAUUGGACCACAAGGAACUGUGGGAGGGAUUCCCGGCGGCGUAGCUGUGCUAGCAAAAACGGCAGUCUUGCAGCACCUUAAAGACUAACACGGCAUUCUUGUUGAUACGCAACAGUGCUCAAAGCUUAGGCAAAAAUAAGUGUAAACAUGCCUGAGACAAGCGCUAUGGCAGAUGGCAGUAGUUCCACUUGUUUUGUGUACAGAAAUGUUGUCUGUUUGAAACGGAAAUAAAAGUACAUUAUAUUUAGAUGAACACAUUGAUAAUGGCAUAAGCCUCAUCCCACCAAAGCUUAUAUCUUUCUAUAUGCAUAAAAAUGUAAGGCUGUCAUCACGCAGCCCACAUUAGAGGAUUCACAGUGCCUCGUGACAAUCCUGGAUUUGCAUGAGGUCAGGUUGAGGGAGGGAGCAAAAGAGAAGGUAGUUUUUCAUACCUUCCAACAUUUCUCUGAUGAAAAUAGGGAUGUCCAGUGCUAUUUUUUUAGAAAAAGAGGUGCCGGAACUCAGCAUGAACGCCUCCCUUGCUCUCUUAUAAUGGCAAUGGUGCCCACCUGAGAGAUUCUGGAACUGAGUUCUGGCAAGUUCUAGCUGAAAAAAAAGCCCUGGGGAUGUCCUGUUCCAUACCCUCCAACAUUUCUCCGAUGAAAAUAGGGACAUCAUAUAGACCAGUUCUAGUUGUUUUGUACUGUCCCCCCACCAUCCCUGACCAUUGGCCAUGCUUGCUGGGACCACUGGGACCUGGAGUUCAGCAACAUCUGCGCAGCCACAGCUUACCAACCUGACUGUGACUUAUCUAAGAUCUUUCUCUCUCUCCUUUGCAUAGUUGUAUCAUUUAAAAAACAAAACAAAUUACUUUUUUAAGAAAACAACCCCCCAGGAUUCUCCUGCAGACCUUGGACUUCUGCUACGUCUCCAGGGAUCCCUAUCCCUGCUCCUUCCCCAGAUGAUUUAAAGGCACAUCACAACUGUGCAGUAAGUUUAGUAACAAUGCAUGGAGCAUACCCGGGGGGGGGGGGAAUCUUUUCUGUGGCUUUUAGACACCUUUGGAAGGCAGGUGUGCCUGUGUGCAACUUUGUGCUAUUUCUCCCACGCCUAGGGGAUUUCCGCCUUCUAGCUGAUCUUUAAAUAGGCAGUCAAUAAAUAAUUAAGUUAAUUGGUGUGGCCAAACAGGCCAUUAGCUGCCUUAGCAGAUUGUUUAUUUUUAUUUAUUUGCAAACCGGCUCUUGAGAUUUCGUGUGCAGAGUAAAGGGCACGAUUUGGGGGUGGCGAAUGAGAUGUGCCCUUAUGACAAGCUGUGGGAGGCAGGGCACCUGCUUGGCAUGCAGAAGGCCCCAGGUUCAAUCCCCAAUAUCUCCGGAAAGGCUCCUUUUCUGAAAUCCCAGAGAGCCUCUGCCAGUCCUUGUGGACAAUACCGAGCUAGAUGGAAAAGGGUUCUCUCUCUGGUUCCAAGCAAUGAUUAGAUGACGCUGGCACCAAUUUGAAAUUCACUUUGUUCCAUUACUUUCAUGGUGUUUCGGUUGAAUUUAGAUUCCUCAGCCAGAUGGCUUUGUCUGUUGCCAAAGUGGCCUGUAUGGCAAGUGAACCAAACACAGCCCACUAGCCAGGCAUGGGAAGAACCACUGUGCCUCUUCUGAGGCUCCAACUCAGAGGCUUCAGAGUGAAGCUGAUUGCUCAGAGAUAUAGUGGUACCUCAGGUUACAAAACUUUGGGUUACAAACUCCACUAACCUGGAAGUAGUACCUCGGGUUGAGAACUUUGCCCCAGGAUGGAUGAGAAUGGAAAUUGCGCAGGAGGCCCCAUUAGCAAAAGCGCAACUCAGGUUAAGAACAGUUUCGGGUUAAGAACGGACCUCUGGAAUGAAUUAAGUUUGUAACCCGAGGUAUCACUGUAGUGCUUGUAAAAGCAGUGGUGGAGUCUGGCUUUUUAAAAGAGCUCUCAGGCCUCUCCCAGGCAGAAUUGUCACUCACGUUCCUACUUGUUUCUCAAAUCGAUUUAUUAUCCCUUUAUUGGUGCCCAUUUCUGUUUGCCUUCCGCAGUAAGAAGAUCCUAAUAUGUUGGAGAAGGUGGUGCUUUAGAUUUCCUAACUGGGGGUGGGGACCCUGAAGUCUACAGAUGACUCCCUCCCACCAUUUGCUGCAAGUUCCUUCAUCUGGAGCAGGGUUUUCCAAACUUUGGUCUCCAGCUGUUUUUGGACAACAACUCCCAUCAUCCAUAGCUAGCAGGACUAGUGGCCAGGAAUGAUGGGAAUUGUAGUCCAAAAACAACUGGCAACUCAAGUUUGGAAAACACUGGUCUGGAUGGUUUGAAAACAUGGGCGCAGCCAAAAUUUUGUUAGGGGGGCAGGAGUUUGUUGGGGGGGGCAGGACUUUUGUGGGGGGUGGCAGAGCUGACGUGAUUGGUCAGUUAGUUAAGUAUUUCUGUUGUUUUACUUGAUCAGGGGGACAGCUGCCCCCUUUGGCUAAGCCCAUGUUUAAAAAGGAGGCUAAAACCUUGAAUUGCCAGAUCAAACCCCAAGGCCUGAUUGUGUGGAUAGUGUCAUUAUAUGGUUUAGUCACUAGGUGGCAGUGGGCUCAAUUGUGUUUGGGUGGAGUCAGGACUUGCCUGUUUGGUUUCGUUAGGGAGACACCAUAAAGUUGUUGUCUAGGUUAUUGUCUGUUGCUCUUCACCCUAGGAUCCCCAGCUGUGGUUAAACUCCAACUCCCAUCAUCCCCAGCCAAGCUUAGUGCAAUUGUCAAGGGAGAUGGGAGUUGGAGUCCACCAACAUCUGCAGGGCCAGAGGUUCCCCACCCCUGCCUUUGAGAGAUGUAAAUUUUGAAGCAAAACAAACCAACUUGUGUGCAUUUUUACAUUUCAGACACAUGCAGUACUGUAGUGUGCCAGAAAACAGAUCCAGAGGAGCUUGGUAGAGGCUUCAAAUUUCACAGUAUCAUUUUUUUUAUGGCAUUGGCAAAGCUGAACUAAUAGGAUAUUUGGGAAAGAGCAGAGGAUUGGUUGUGGGGGUUGUUGGGUUUUUUUGCAUGAAGAAUUUGCAAGAAAGAAAAAAGAAGAUGUGAUUUGGAUUGUCCCGGUGAUCCGAGCAAGACUUGUAAUUCUCUCAGUUUUGGGAAACGAGAGUGCUUAUAGACCAGCAACUAAGAAAUAAUCCGGAGCUAAUAAACUGUAAGCUCAAUUAAUGGUAAUCCCUUUCCAGCGGCAGUGACAGUCUGAUGAGCUCAGGGCAUCCCCCAAAUCUUGUUUGGAUAGGGCAGGGACUAAGUAGUCACUAAAGCUCCAGGAAGGGAAGCAGUUUGGAUGUCUAUUUAUUUAUUAAAAUGUAUACCACUAUUCAUUAAAAAAAAUAGAGCAUCUUACAACAAUUGUACAUCAAAUCAUACAAUAAUUUAAAAUCAGAAAUUGUUAUGGAAAGAUGUCUUUUUUACUUGACUGCAUAAGCCUAAUGGGGAUAUAAAAGUUUUUAGCAGGUGCUUAAAAGUUGGCAUGGGAGACCUCUGCUGAAUCUCUGUUGGCAGAAUGUUCCACAAGUCUGGCCUGGUGACACAACAGGCUCAGUUUCUUGUUGUUGUCAAGUGACUCUUGUCCACUUCGAGGAUGACCCAUGACACUCCUGCAGAUGAUGUCAGUGACUGAGCUGGGGUAAGAGGGUCAAAGAAGAUCAAACGCAUCCAUUCUUAAGGAAAUUAGCCCUGAGUGCUCACUAGAAGGACAGAUCCUGAAGCUGAGACUCCAAUACUUUGGCCACCUCAUGAGAAGAGAAGACUCCCUGGAAAAGACCCUGAUGUUGGGAAAGAUGGAGGGCACAAGGAGAAGGGGACGACAGAGGACGAGAUGGUUGGACAGUGUUCUCGAAGCUACCAGCAUGAGUUUGACCAAACUGCGGGAGACAGUGGAAGACAGAAGUGCCUGGUGUGCUCUGGUACACGGGGUCAUGAAGAGUCGGACACGACUAAACGACUAAACAACAACAAGAGGGUCAGGCAGUCCCUGAGGUCCUCUGGACGUAUGUCUACUUCAUCCUAUGUGGUCAUUGGUAACAGAUUCAAAAUGGCCAUGGAGCAGUUUUCCCAUGGUGGAUGGUUAGGGAAUGAAUUAUUGAUUCAACCCUUGUCAAGUGGUUCAGUCGCACUGGGUGUGGAACCUUGGGGGCAUGGCAGGGGAUCACAGAAUUGUAGAGAUGGAAGAGACCACAAGGAUAUAAUCUAGUCCGACUCCCUGCAAAGCAGGAAUCUUUCCCCCAAAGUGAGGCUCAAACUCACAACCCUGAGAUUAAGAGCUUCCUCAUCUACCAACUGAGCUAUCUGGCUAGAAUGGAGUAUGAGUGUUGGGGUGAGGGUGACGAAUCUUAGCAUUGCACAAGUUACUGCUGAAAUUUGAGACCUGCUUAAGGAAGCUGGAUGGGCCAGCCAGGUGGAGAUAUCAGAUGCCAACCAGACCUCCAGAGAUCUCCAUGUGGUCGCAAUUGGACCCACGCCAGUUGCAGAACACGCCUGGUGCCCGGGGGAUUUUGAAUGCUGGUUCAAGGUUCUUGUGUUGAUACCCAAAGGCCUAAAUAACUUGGCUGCAGGAUACCUGCACAUAACACCAGUCCUGAAAGACCUACAUUGGCUCCCAGUACAUUCCUGAGCACAAUUCAAAGUGUUGGUGCUGAGCUUUAAAGCCCUAAACGGCCUCGGCCCAGUAUACCUAAAGGAGCGUCUCCAUCCCCAUUCUGCAGCCCAGACACUGAGAUCCAGUGCCGAGGGCCUUCUGGCGGUUCCCUCACUGCGAGAAGUGAGGUUACAGGGAACCAGACAGAGGGCCUUUUCGGUAGUGGCACCCGCCCUGUGGAAUGCCCUCCCAUCAGAUGUCAACAAGAUAAAGAACUAUCUGACUUUUAGAAGACAUCUGAAGGCAACCUUGUUUAGGAAAGGUUUUAAUGUUUGAUGUUUCAUCAUGUUUUUAAUAUUCUGUUGGCAGCUGCCCAGAGUGGCUGGGGAAACCCAGCCAGAAGGGCAGGUAUAAAUAAUAAAUUAUUAUUCUUAUUACCUCAAGGAAGGCCUGAGUCUUCAUGUCCCAGCCCCAUUGUGGAGAGCAUGGAAAGGAGUGCUGUUUGUUGUCCCCCAUGUUACAGAUACCCAACUGAACUCAACGAAAAAUCUGGCUUUUAGUGUCGCCAGUCCCAUGCCUGUGGAACGCUCUUCCAGCAGAGUUUCAGCAGGCACGUCCUCGCUUUUGACUUUUGAGAGUUUCCUCAAAAAGUUGAGCGUUGUGGCUUUUAGAUCCCGCCCCCCUUUUCAAUUAUCCAGACACCUUAACGAUUAUCUGCAAUUAUUUUUUUAAAAUGGUGUUUGAUGCCUUAGCAUUCUAUACCCCCUGAUAUUUUAUGACCAAGAAAUGCUUUUUAAAGAUAAAUAAAUAAAAAUGCCCUUGUGUGUCCCUAGUAAACAACAAAAACACACCAAAUCUCCAAAUUCUUAAAUGGAGGCAAUUUAUUGGUCCGAAAGGAGGCUCCCUUAGUUUAUAAUGCAGGUUCUUUUGCAGAGCUGAGUAGUGUGUAUUGCAUAGACUUAUUUUCAUGGGUUGUCAAGGGGGUGUGUGGGGGGCAUUUCCCAGCAAGGAAGGGAUUAGGAUGUCACGAAAUCAGGCCUUGGGAGCUCCAGGGAGGGUAGUAAAAAUACCCUUAUCUCUGUUUUGCAAUUGGAGCUGGAAGAGGCAAAAGUCAGCUUUUGGGAGAUUCACAAGGCCGCAAGAUGUGCUCCGUGAAAAUGGCUGCGAUGGGAGUGAAUGCUCCUCUUUGGUCAGGUCACCUGCCUUCGCCCUGUAGUUGCUGAUUAAUGAGGACUUGGCAGAUUUCGCUCUGUGCCCUUGAUGGCAUGUUCCAUGACCUGGAAUGACCUGGAGAAUCUCGACGGCUGAGCUUCCAGUAGGAAUGGGGAAGAGGGAAUGCCUGUGACUCAGAGGCAGAGCAGCUGCUUUGCAUGCAGAAGGUCCCAUUGGUUCAAACCCCAAUGGCACCUCCAGGUAGGACUGGGAAAAAGCUCCAGCCUGAAACCCCGGAGGCCUUGAUUGAACCUGGGACCUUCUGCAUGCCAACCAGGUGUUUCGCCACUGAGUUCUGCUCCAUCCUCCUUGCAUGAGGUUACUCUGCAGUUUCUCAUCAGGUGGGCAAUCCAUUGUAAGAUGAAUGUGAAUAGCUUCUUAAAAUAAUCAGGUUGCCAAUGGGCUGGAUAUACCAUUUCUUGUGCUGCCUGCCUGAGAUGGCCAACCUUCUGAUCGUCAAGUCCUAGGCUCUGUGGUUUAACCCACAGUGCCACCUGCAUCCCUUUGUAUACUCCUUAGCUGUGAGUAAAACCUCAAAGCAUUUGACAAAAAACAAACAAUAAAAUGUGCGUUAAAAUGAUAAUUAACCGUCAAAGUUAAGAGGAAGUUUUUAAAACAUCAAGAUGUAAUUAAAAUCAGCAUAAUUAAAAUUUCAGAUCAAAACGCCUGCUAGUGUUUACAUAGAUUCCUAGGAUUUGUUGCAAAAAUGUUUUUAGCAGGUUUCAUAGAGUGCAGAACAGAGGUGCCAGCCUGUUUUCAAUAGACUGGGAGUUCCGGGAUGUAGGUGCUGCCACACUAAAAAACUGUGGCACAAAUAUUAAUAGCGUGGAAUGGAUAUUAUGUGGUGUGUGUAAAAGUGCCGCAGAUCAAAGCGGUCAAGUUGGCAUAUAUGGGGUAAGAUGAUCCCGCAAGUAAACUGGUCCCAAGCUGCUUUAUGUAUAUUAACAGCAACACAUUGAACUUGGCCCAGUAAGAGAUUUGCAACCAGUGCACGGGCAGGGGUGUCGUAUGUUGACAAGGUCUCACUUCUGUCAGCAACCUUGCUGCAGCAUUCUGCACUAACUGCAGCUUCCACACCGAGCGCAAGGCAAGCCCCGCAAAAUAAAUAAUGCCACAUAAUUAAAAACCUUGCAAAAAUGUAACACCAAUUAAAAACACAUUUUCAGUGUUGUACACAACAACUUAGGGAACUGUAGCCUGGCUCUUCCUAAUGGCAAAUCUGCUGCUGAGCCAGCAGCCUUUGAAGGUAGUGGCGGAAGAUUCCUCGGGCAGGUAAGUAGCCACAGCCCAGCAGCAAUGCUGACCGAACCCCUCCAGGCUUUGAAGUCAUAAGCAACUGGUUAAUUUUUUAAAAGCCUUCAAUGCCCGCUAAUCCAAAUCAAUUUUCAUUUCUUUCAUAAAGCUCAGGCUUUUGCAUUGGGCACCCGCAAAUAAUUGCAGCUAAUUUGUUUUAUUUUUAUAACACCCAUAAUUGGGGGCGGGGGGAUUUUGAUGUCCUGGCAGCCAUGUUCCCUUUAGUGAGUUCGUAAUGGAAAGAUCCAUUAAAGUCGAAAUGGUUCUGGGCACCGGUUCAAAAGCCAGAUGUCUCUGUGUGUUCUCAAAGAGGGUUUCAGGCCAUCUGCCAAUCUCAGAUAUGUCACCCAAACAAGUGAUACCGUCAUUGGCUUGGGGGAAAGGCUUGAGCUGCCCCCACCCAGCAUAUAUUUUCUGUGCCUGCCAGACCCACUGGGAAUUCAAGUACAGACCAGCAUGGCAAAAACUCGCUUGCCUCACCCCAAUUCCAACUAUUUAGAGCAAGAUUUCCCAAACUUAAGGGACGCAGGUGGCGCUGUGGGUUAAACCACAGAGCCUAGGGCUCACUGAUCAGAAGGUUGGCAGUUCGAAUCCCUGCGACGGAGUGAGCUCCCAUUGCUCGGUCCCAGCUGCUGCCAACCUAGCAGUUCGAAAGCACGUCAAAGUGCAAGUAAAUAAAUAGGUACCACUCCGGUGGGAAGGUAAACAGCGUUUCCGUGCGCUGCUCUGGUUUGGUCAUGCUGACCACAUGACCCGGAAGCUGUAUACCAGCUCCCUCGGCCAAUAAAGUGAGAUGAACUCCGCAAUCCCAUAGUCAUCCGCAACUGGACCUAAUGAUCAGGGGUCCUUUUAAACUUUACUUUUUCCCAAACUUGGGUUUCCAGUUGUUUUUGGAUUACAGUUUCCACCAUCUCUGAACACUGGUCCUGCUAGCUAGGGAUGAUGGGAGUUGCAGUCCAAAAACAGCUGGAGACCCAAGUUUGGGAAACCCUGAUUUAGAGUCACGGACCCCUCCACAAAGUGCAGGCAGCCACACGUGGUUUCGCUGGCUGGGGCUGAUGGGAUUUGUAGUCCUGCUACAUCUGGAGGGUAGCAGGUUGGCAAACGGCUUCUUUAGGGUCUCUGGCAGAGAGGGUGACUGAAGGGUGGAGUUAGCUUGCUCACCCUGCCCCCUUCAUGUUGUUUUAACUCAGAACGUGGCUAUGGAAUGUGCAAGCAAUAUCCAGCCCAUUAUUCAGCAGAAGACACACUGGCACCCUCAGCUCCCCCGUGCAUUAUGUCACUCGUUUGACCCUUGCACCACAGAGGCUUCUGCAGAGCUCUGGUUUGAAAAAUUAGCCACACGGCAUGUAAGGAGUGCAGUGAUUAAAUGCCCCCGGUGCUCAUCUGUAAGCGUGAGGCGUCAUUUCACACCACUGAAUCGACACAAGCUGAAAUACCUCAUGGCUGCGCAUGCAUAAGAGAAAAUCCAUGGGCCUCUGACAUGCCUGAAGGCACUUUGUGGCCAGGGGUGGCCGGACCAGAGGGCCUCCCGAGGAAUCCCCACGCAGCACAAGAAUUUGGGUCAUCAGUUGAGGCCAUGAAACUCCUUAGCAAAUGAGGCUUUUAACAAUGCGUUCAUGCGCUGUCGCAUCAGAUGUUUAUAAGAGCACGAUUCACUUGACAGGUCUUUGGUCUUUAAUGUCAUUGGCAUCAUUUGCAGGCAUUUGAGGCUUGGCCCACUUGAUCCUUGUAGAUGAUUGGUGCCUAUUAACACACUGGCUUCCUGAUCUGCUGCUCAUGUUUUGGUUAUGGGCAUCACUGGGUGCAUAACUUUUGGCUACCGGGCACCAUCUCUUUGCCAAAAUCGCAGAGUCCAGUGCUGAUGUCUGUGCUCCUCUGAAUGCACACAGUCCUGCCUAAAAUGAUCUGAUCCAGGCUUCUGAAUAAGCUGCACACCUGUCUGUCUGUGGUGAAUGAGAGUCACUGCCAGUCAGAACCUUCGUGUCCUGUGCAUGCUCUGAUCCUGUCUUGGAGUGACUCCUGACUCUUUCCCCCAGUUCAGUAGGCUGGAGGCGAACUGGUGAGAUUAGGGCACAUUAUGUGGUGGACAAAAUCUGUAGUCAGUCCCUUAGUUGGAUCCCAGAUACACCACUGGAAGUAUCUUCAUCUUACCUUGGAACUGGGUCACCCUUGCUGAAACCUGAGGCACUUCCAGACGGCUCAUUUAUUGAGUGUUUGUCCUGAUUGGUUUGCAGGGAGGUUAGAUGAUGGUUGCUAUUUCAUGAGCAUUUAUUCUGAUUUGUUGGAAAGUGUUAUCCCAUACUUCCCAGAGCAUUUUCCCAUCAGUUCCCUUAUGGGAAAAUGUCCAGACGUUUGGGGGUAGCAGGUUUGUUGCAGGAUAACUCCCAAUCAACUAUAAUUGUGCAACCAUAAUUAGCUGGUGUGUGAUUCAGUCCCACCCCCCAAAAUAAGCAUAGCUCUAAUUUUUGGGAUGUUCUGUCAGGGCUGAUGAUGCUGUGAAGAGGAAAUCCAGUUUGGGGAAGAUGAGGGUUGUGUGUGUGUGUGUGUGUGUGUGUGUGUGUGUUGCACAGGAUGCUGGGAAAUGUCAUAGCUCAGCUUCAAUUCCCGGCAUCUCCCAGUGGGACUGGGAAUGUUCGGAUUCUGGAAAGGUCUGGCUCUGUUUAAGGCAGCUUCCUAUUUUUAUUAUUUUUCUACCUUCACGAAGGUGACCCAAAGCAACACACAAAAACAGCAAAACACUAAAACCCAAGUAUAGCAAGUGACUGGCAUUAGCCUCCUGUGUCCCUUUUUGCACCUAUUGAUAGCUAUUAGUCACAAAGUGGAUGGAAUUAAAUGAGGGUUGGGCAAAUUCAUGGAGGAGAAGGCUACCCAUGGCUGCUGGCCACAAUGGCUAUGCUCUGCCUCCACAGUUAGAGACAGUAAUCUUUCUGCAGGAGGAGAGAAGAGCUCUGGUGCUCAGGUCCCACUUGCAAGUAACUGAGUAACUGCCUUGCAUGCAGAAGGCCUCGAGUACAACUUUCGACAGCAACUCCAGUAAGAGCGGGGAAUGUCCCUUGUCUGAAACCCUGGAGAGCUGCUGCCAAUCUGUGUAGACAACACUAAGCUAGAAGACCAAGUGGUAGAUACCAUGGCUUGUUAUAAGGCAACUGCUCACGACAGCACAGGAAAUUAACUUUCCAAGUGGUUGAAUGUAUGAAACUGUCCUAUUGAGACAGGCUACUGGUCCAUCUAAGUGUGUCUUGCUCUGGCUGUUCCAGCUACCAGAGGAGAUCUUUCCUGUUCCAUCCUUGCUGCCUCAUCCUUCUCUAACCAGGACUCAACCUGGGACCUCCUGUGGGCUGAGCUUGCGCUCAGCGUUCAAAAUCCGGCCACUUGCACCCAAGUGAAGAUGCCUGGGUGGCAGGAUGACGCCUGACGUCUCCACCAUCUGGAGGUGCAUGCCUGGGGACGCUUGGAUAUUGACUGUUUUCACACACUAGCAACACAUCCUAUAUAAUUGUAUCCGUUAUAUUUUAUCUGCACAAUCAGAAUGAAUUUCGGGAACCAAAAAGUUGCAUUGUCCAGCUCAAAAGUGGCAACUAGGCCUUCUGUUUUGGAGACCAUAACCCUGGUUUAAGGAGCCAUUUGGCACCUAGCUUAUGUAUCUUGAAUUUGAAUUAUGUAUCUCUGCACCUGUGUUGAAAUUUCUCCUAGCAUUGAAAUGGUCCCCUGUGCUCACCUCCUCUUUAGCCAGGCUGUUUCCCUUCUGCUUUCUGAAAAACUCCCCUUGUUCCAGAAGCGUUUGUUGUUGGGUUCUGCAAGGUGCACAUACGUGGUUUUCUCCAGGGAAGCUGACGUGCCCAGAAGCAGGAAUGGAGCUGGCUGGCUGGCUGGCUGGCAUCCAGGCCCAGCGAGAGGGACCUGUCUGCGCAGUAGCAGCAGGAGCUGUCCAGGAAAACUCCUUGACUGGUGCCAAGAAUCGGAUAGUGAUGUCAGUGUUGGAAGGAGGACAGGCUAGCCAGCCCUUCUGCUUUUGCUCUCUGCGGAGUGCAAAGUGUCUGAGGGGGUCUGCUUAGUCUCUGCCCCUCUUUUUUGUUCCUUUUUGCUGAGUAGAUAUUCCAGCCUUGAUGGGUUGCUUCUCUCAGCCACGGAAGAAUGCCUUGGUGCUAGAUUUUGCAAGCGCUGUGAGGAGCACGGAUUAGCCAGGUUUUAUAUACAUUGGAUGCCUUUACAUACAUGCAGGUCAAUUGUAGAGUUGGAAGGGAUUCCUGAGGGUAAUCUAGUACAACCCCCUGCAAUACAGGAAGAGGUCCCCCCCCAUUUUUUUAUUUAUUGGAUUUAUAUACCACAAGGACCCUGUCAGGUAGGUUGGGCUGAACGAAUGGGACUGGUCCAAGACCACCCAUUUAUGCCCCCAUCUUCCUUCAAGGUGCUCACAGUGGCAUUUGUCGUUCUCCCACUCCUAAUUUCGUCUUCCCAACAGCCCUGCGAUGUAGGACAGGCUGAGAGAUGGUGACUGGCGAUCCAAGGUCUGAGUGGGGAUUUGAAUCCUGGUCUCCCAGGUCCUCCUAAAGCAGAGACAUCACCUUGCCAACAAAGGUCCGUAUAGUAAAAGCUAUGGUUUUCCCAGUAGUGAUGUAUGGAAGUGAGAGCUGGGCUAUAAAGAAGGCUGAUCGCUGAAGAAUUGAUGCUUUUGAAUUAUGGUGCUGGAGGAGACUCUUGAGAGUCCCAUGGACUGCAAGAAGAUCAAACCUAUCCAUUCUUAAGGAAAUCAGCCCUGAGUGCUCACUGGAAGGACAGAUCCUGAAGCUGAGGCUCCAAUACUUUGGCCACCUCAUGAGAAGAGAAGACUCUCUGGAAAAGACCCUGAUGUUGGGAAAGAUGGAGGGCACAAGGAGAAGGGGACGGCAGAGGACGAGAUGGUUGGACAGUGUUCUCGAAGCUACGAACAUGAGUUUGACCAAACAGUGGGAGCCAGUGGAAGACAGGAGUGCCUGGCGCGCUCUGGUCCAUGGGGUCACAAAGAGUCGGACACGACUAAACAACUAAACAACAACUCCCAGGUCCUCCUAGUCUAGCACUCUGACCGCUACACCAUACUGCCUAUGUUUGGUUUAGACCUUUGUGAUCAGAUGGAAUAGAUUCUAGGGAUGGGGCACCUUUUUGGAACAGUGACAAGGUGUCUACAAGAUCCAGGUGCUUCAACCUGAAUAUCCUGUGCAAAAAGAGGGUAAGGAUUUUUUGGGGGGAGAAGCGCAGUGCAGCUUCUCACACAAAAAGUCUGCAGCGAGAAGACCACAACACUUACCUCUGAAAUAAUGGCUGCUAUGAUGUAUUGCAGACUGAGGAAGGAGGGUGAAUUAAAUUAACUGGCCAUUUAGUCAUUUCACUUGCCAAGAAUGCAAUUUUUUCCAGCUUUCUUUGCACGUCUUUGAAGAAUGCAAUUUAACUGUGUUAAUGUUGGGCAUCGCUGCAGUUAAUUGCAUGCUCUGGAGUGAGCUCUUCUCCACCCCCGCCCCCGAGAAAGGUGGCCCUUUUUAUCAUCCGUAGGUAGCAGAAGGUUUAAUUGGGUGCUUGAAUAGCUAUAAAAUUAAUCUGCGAUAGGCACUGGGCACCCAGCCAUGUGGUUCCCAGCCCAUGCUGAUAAACUUGUUAUGGAACCAGGAAACAUUUUCAGUUGGAAUGGUAACAAAAUUAUUUGGCGCAGGGUUGUAAAAAGGAGUUGGCUUGCGGAGGGUUUCCUCACGGAGGAGGCUGAGAUAGCCGUGUAAAUUCCUGUUGGCCACCGUGUUUCUCAAGGACAUUUGCAGAUAAUGGCCAAACACUUUCAGGAAAUGCUGUGGCUCUCUUGCAAGUGGGCACUUUGGAGGUUAGUGUGGCCCACAUCAGGGUCUCUCUGCACAUGCUCAAGAAACCACCAAAUAUCAGCGCUUGUUGUUAUUAUAUGUUGGUUGUCUGGUCCUUUUUGUUAAUGACGAUGACAACUUUGGGUGCACAGACUAGUAGGAAGGGCCAGGUUCUGACUCUCACUCAGCCAUGACACUCACUAGGUGGUCUUGGGGCCUGUCCCUUUCUCUCUCUUUCCGCUUAACCUACCUCAGACAGUUGUCGUGGGGAUAAAAUGGGAGGGGAGAGAACCACGUACGCCACCUUGAGCUCCUUGGAGAAAAGGCGGGAUAGAAAUGUAAUAAAUAAAUAGUUGUAUUAGUGUGUGAAAUUAUCAGACCCUCCAAGUGUCCCUAUUUUCCAGGGACAGUCCCGGAUUUACAGAAGCCAUCCCAGUUUCUGAUUUGAUCCCAGAAUGUCCUUUUCCUUAGGACGUCCUUAUUUUCAUCAGAGAAAUGUUGGAGGGUAUGGAGUUAUGCAAACCCAGAGCCAAGGAGAUAAGGAGAUGCAGCCGUUAGAAGACAUCUAAAGGCAGCCCUGUAUAGGGAAGUUUUUAAAUGUUUAAUGUUUCAUUGUUUUUAUAUAUGUUGGAAGCUGCCCAGAGUGGCUGGGGCAACCUAGUCAGAUGGGUGGGGUAUAAAUGUUGUUGUUGUUGUUGUUUAUAAAUGGAGUAGUAGUAGUAGUAGUGGUUGUUAUCAGAGUAAAGUGGUACCUAGGGUUACAUACGCUUCAGGUUACAGAUGCUUCAGGUUACAGACUCCGCUAACCCAGAAAUAGUACCUCGGGUUAAGAACUUUGCUUCAGGAUGAGAACAAAAAUUGUGCAGCAGUGGUGUGGUGGCAGUGGGAAGCUCCAUUAGCUAAAGUGGUGCUUCAUGUUAAGAACAGUUUCAGGUUAAGAAUGGACCUCCGGAACGAAUUAAGUACUUAACUUGAGGUACCACUGUAAUGUUGGAGAGUUUGUAUUGUUGUUGUUAUAUUCCUGUGGUCGAUAUGACCAUAAUUUGUCAAAACAACAACAAUCAAAAAGUUACAUAAAUAAAAAAAAAUUUUUUUUAAGGCGUCCUACUUUAGUUCCUCCAACAAGCCAACCUUCUGUUUUGCUUUGCUGCAGGGGAACCAUCUCCAAGGCCUUCUCUGGAGCUGACCUGCGGGCCGGGCCCAGGCCAAGUGACCUUAGAGCCUAACCAAACCCUGGAGCUGCGCUGCAACUUGGCUCCCGUUGAGGAGCUCCUCAACAUUACCUGGAAGAAGAAUGGGCUCCCACUAGCAGAAAAGGACAACUUCCGCCUCCUCCCCAAUGGAUCUUUGCUCAUUUUGUCGCCAGGGGCGUCACCUUCAGCGGAGGGAGCCUUCCCAGGAGGGUCCAGCGCAGAGGGAAAUUACUCCUGCGUUUCCCAUGGAUCUUUCGGCUCAGUCGCUGGCCAGACCGUUGUACUUCGUGCGCCGAGUGAGUAUCCGGGUUUUUGUGCCCACCUCCUUUUAGCAUGAAAAACAACUCCUUCUGAAAACAAGGGGAAACAGCAAGUUUUAUUUACUGUUUUCUAAAAACAAUUUCAAGUAGGCAAGUUCUGUAUUGCUUUUAAAGGGGUGUUGUUUUAACACCGCAGUACUUAAUGUUUUGUGAGAGGGCUCAGAAUAUAGAUAAAUAAAUUUAAAUAAGCAAUGCCAGUAAAAAUGAAAGCCCAGUCAUUGAUGAAUCCCAGUCAGGGAAUCUUUUAAAAGAAUCUUUUAAAAGAUUUCCUGACUGAGAUUUAAAGAGUAUUUAAGGGGCUCUUUCUAAAAACAAGAGGAAGAAGCAAGUUUUAUUUACUGUUUUCUUAAAAAAAGAGAAAUGGGGUAGGCAAGGCAUUUUUAUGAUUGGUUUGUAUUGGUUUUAAAGGUGUGUUUUUUUAAUGCAAACAUCGCUGUACUUUAUGUUUUGUGAGAGGGGUCAGUAUAUAGAUAAAUAAAUUUAAAUAAGCAUUGCCAGUUAAAAUGAAACCCCAGUCACUGAUGAACCAGGGAAUAUCUUGUUUGAACCUUGCCUCUGCCACAAACUUCACUCAGUGUUCUUUGGCAAACCUCUCUCUCUUUUUCUCUGCCCCAACCUUCCUAUCAUAGGCUUGCCAUAUUUCAAAAAGUGAAAAUCCAGACACAAAAGUUGCUGAGCUUCUUUUGGCCAAGUUGUUUGGCCAAAUUUUUGAGGAAUUUUUUUAAAGGAAAUUAGCAAAAAAAUCAACACUUCCGACAUGGGUUGCCAUACGCAUUUUUACCGAUCUUCAGAAAUUCUGCUCAGAUGCUAUUUCUGACAGAUGAGUCCUGGAUAUGUCUGGGAAAUUCCGGACGUAUGGCAAUAUCUGUAAUAUUGAGAGAGUAACAUUGACCUACCUUGUAAGGUCAUUGUAAUGGCUGUGGGGAAAAAGAAGGAAAAAGUCCAUAAAGCACUUUGAGCCAUCUAAGAAGGCUGCAUGGCUCCUGAAGAUGAUUCGAUGGCUCAUGCAGAAGAGGCAGGAUAUCUCCCUGAUGAGCUUUCGCUCCUGGUGCAGCUUAGCAUCUUCUGAAUGAGAGGGGGAAAUAUGCCCAUUGUGAUGGAUGAAAGUCACCUGCUGGGUCGUUUUGACCAUGAGCUCUUUGUGUCCUCCAUUUAGCAUUCAGCCUGUGUGAGCGCAGGAAGGAUCCCAGAGAAAUCCAUCUUGCAGCAAGUGGGACGUAAUGUUGUGUUCGAUCAAAGGACUUGUUUACACGCAGAAGGGUUCAUUCCUCAUGCUGGGGGUAGGGAGGGCUGAUUAAUAUUUGGCAAUAUAUCAUUUAUGUCAGCGAAGGUGUAUAUAAUAAAAUAUAUGGAGAAUGGCCCCACAUUUUGCAUGCAAAAGGUCCCAGGUUCAAGACCCAGCUCAGGGGGCAAAUAUUCUCACCUGGUUUGAGGCAGCUUCCUGUAGCUCAGUGGUAGAGCACCUGCUUGGCUUGCAGAAAGACCCAGGUUCAAUCCCUGUUGCCUCCUAAUAUGCCUGGGAAUGUCCCUGUAGGGGUGCUGCCAAUCAGUGUAGAUGUACCAAGGGCCUGGCUUUGUGUAGGGUAGCUUCUUCUGUUCCAGGGGCUGCAGUUGAGAGGUGGAGCAUCUUUGUAAAGUCCCUUUUGAUAAAGGUUCAGUCCCUGAUGUCUCCACUUAGGGUUGGGGAAGACCUACCAGUCAGUGUUGACACUACUCCGCUUAGGUGGGCAAGACUGUGUUUAUGGCAUCUUCCUCCACUCCGGGGGAAGCGCCACAGCUCAGCAGCAGAAGGUGCAGGCAGAAGGUCCAGGUUCAUCCAGCAUUUCCAGGGCAGGUGGAAAGGACUUCAGCAUCCUGUCCUGAAACCGUGCAGAUCUGCUCCCAGUAUUGAGCUAGGUAGACCAGUGAGGCAGCUUUUCAUGUUUUUUGGGGGGAAGGACUCAGCAUCAGGGCCUUUGCUUUGCUUGCACAAGGUCUCAGGUUGAAUCCUAGGUAUCUCCAGGUAGGGCUGCCCUGUUUUUGCCUGCACAGUUUGAAAUCAAUCCGUGCAGGCCUUGCACAGCCUGAAAGGCACUGAUGGUCAGCAGAGUGCUAAGCACCAGGCGCAGCAAUCAGCUGAUUGCCAGGCCUUGCACAGCACUUUGCAAGGCCCGCCCAUUCGCUGAGCAGCUCUGCAACCCCCGACAAUCAGCUGGUUGCCAGAGCUUGCAAAGCCAUUUGUACAGCACGGCCCCUUUGGGCCGACCUGCAUCUUUACCUGUUCCUCACCUGACAUCAUGAAUGGUAUCAGGUGCUCAAUAGGUGGGGGAAACCAGGUGGGCCUCACAAAGCCCAUAGGCUGGAGGCUCCCGACUACCAAGCAAUGUAGUUCCACUUCCCCACCAAGACCUUGGCAUUGAUGCCCAUGGGGCAGAGUGAGGAGAAAAAUUGAACAGGCUUUAUUGCACAAUGGACAUGAUUCUUUGGGAGGGAGUGGCCCAAUUCCCAGACUGGCCCAUUCCCUGGGGCACACCUUUGUUUGGGAUAACCCCUAGCUGGAUGGUAGAGCACAGACUCGGAAAGUACUGUAUAAAGCCCCAAAUCCAAAUCUCCAGCUCUCAAAGCAGCAGGAUGGAAAAUAACACUUUCUGACGAGACCCUAGACAGCCACUUCAGUAGUCAGUGGCUGGGCUCUGACAUAACCUUAACUGGUUUAGCAUCACAUGCAUGUCCUGUUUCGGUCGAUUUCCAGAACCCAUGGGGAAAGCACCAAGGCUGGUCUAGUGUUGCUGGACCAUGGACAGCUCCAAGUGAGAAAAUUACUCUGAUAAACGUCAGGCUGAGACCUUUUAUGUCUCUGUCUUUGGGCUACCUCCUCCAGACUUUGUCCCAGGCAACCAAUGCUCCUCCCUUCCACAGCCUCCGUCCUAGUGCACUCUCAGCACUGCUGAGACGACGACGAUGUGCAAUGGGAAGCAAGCAUCUUGCUUCUUCUGACUUAGGAGAAGGUGUCCUUGAGGGUCCAGGUUCUGGCCCCAUCAGCAUUGGUUACCUGGGAGUUGUUCUGGGAGUUCUUGCCCAACUGACAGUGGUCUUUAUGCUUUCCGCCGUCAGCUUUGAGUCCUGACCCAGACCUGGCUCCCCUUCUGGUGGCUCUGCAGCCUCUGACUCUGUGUCCAGAUCAGUGCUGGAUAAACAGGUCAUGGUAGUGCAUGGGCCUUGGGCUCACAAGCUCCCUUUCCCUUCUCCACUGAGGUUGCGUCAAGGAGAUGGGAAGCGUCUGCUUCUGUUUUUCGCUAACCAUGAUUUGCUGACAUUUGCAAACUCAGAACAGUGUUUAGUCUUGACUACAGUUUAGGGGAAAGAGCCAGGAUCAGAAACCGUGGUUUGAGGUUGGCUGGUUUCUCUGAACCAUGGUUAAGAAUAAACACUGCAGUUUGUUGAAAAUGGGGAUGACAGCUUCUGAUCUCCUUGUGGCUGUGUCAAAGGGAGGGAGAGCUCACCAGUCUGUUCACAUAAUGCUAAACUAUGGAUUAGUGUCACCUCCAAACACAGCCAAUUCUGGGAAGGGCCACAGCUCAGUGGUAGAGCAUCUAUUUUGUGUCCCAGGUUCAAUCCUUGGCAGCACCUGUCCCCUGAAACCCUUGAGCGUCAUUGUCAAUCAGCAUCAAUGAUAGUGAACUGGAUAGUGAAUGGUCUGGCUCAAUAUAAGGCAGCUUCCUAUGCUCCUGUGGGCUAGAUAGACCGGGGGUCAGAUUUGGCAGAAGGUAGUUUUCUAUGUUACAUAUGAAUAAUAAUGCUCAGAUUUUUCUUUGCUGGCCCCAGUUGGCCACUAUGGAACCAAUGGAGUAAAACUUAGAGGAAAUUAUCCAGCAAUUGCUCCAACUUUUCCUUGAGCACAGAUGUUCCUUCUUCUGUCCUUGUUUGCCAUUCAGGCUGCAGAGGCAGAACUGGCUCUUAGAUGUGCUCACCCUCCCUCUCGGGCCUUGCCUCUUGGCCUUUGGACAAAAGAAUGUGGUCUCUAGAAGCCAUUCGGGAGGUUUAGAAAUUCCUUUCCCUCUCUCUCUGGAAGCAGAUCUGUUCACACUUUCAGCUGAACCAAGGAAGGGGAGUCAUGUUGACACCUGUUAUGAUGGGCAAAUGGGGUUUUAGUGUGUGUGUGUGCUGUUCAUGUGAUGUUGACAUGAAAUAAGACAUGUAUGAUUAAUUGUUAAAAUAAUAUUUAAUUAUCCUACCUGGCUUUUUCUCUAUAAUCAGCUCAGGGCUGCAAGGAGUACAGGGAAGUUGUCCCAUUUUAUUGUCACUAGAGGUGGAUAGAUCAGCUUGUUUCUGCUCUUUGCCAGUUUCACGCACGAUCAUUUGUGAGUCUGUUCAGUUCCAUAUUAACCUGAAUUUCUGAAUGUAUUUUCUUACAAAGUGACCCUCAGGGAUCCUUCCAGCUCGACAAUUCUAUGAAAAUGCACACUCCUUUCUUUCAGAGUAUGCAUUUCUAAACAUAUUUUAUCCUAAAAUACACACAUUAUAUGCCUUCGGGCACUUUUUUUAAGCUGAAAACUGUGUUACAACAUUUAGGAAGAAGUGUGGAGGGCGGCAGUAUUCGCACCUGCACAUUCAUCCAGGAGUGGCAGAUCAGAUCAGUUCAUAUGAGAAUUCAGGAAGAGUGAACUCUUCAAGCAUCCCUAAUCCUUACAACAACCCUGCAAGGUAGAUUAGGCUGAAAGAGAGGUGGUUGAGCAACAUCACCCAGUGGCCAGUUAAGAGAUCCAAGUGCGCAUUGUGCCUGGCCAGCCUGCCUGGUCAAAUAUUGCCUAAUUUGUCAUCUGUUGACUGUGAUCAAAUAUUGCCCAGUUGUUCCUGAAACCAAACACUAUUCUGUAGGUGGCAGUUUGCCUUUCCCCUUUCUUAGCAAGGGCAGAAGUGAGGGGGGUUGCCUUCCCUGUACUUUUGCCCCAGUCAUGGGCAAACCAAGCAGCAUAGCAAAGAAUUUCCUCUGUCCUGCAGGCCACCGACUGCAGGAAUACCAACAGAAACAGUCAUUAGUAGCCAAAAUCACUGCCCAAGACUGCCCGGGACUCCACUCUGCUUGCUGCAGGCAACUAGGAGUGCCUGCUCCAUAUCGUAUCUGUCUACCUGCACUCUAAAGCACCUGUGAAGGACUCUAGCGGUGACUGGGAACCUAUGGUGCUCCAGAUGUUGUUGGACUACAACUCCCAUAAUCUCUGGUCAUCCUGGCUGUGGAUGAUGGGAAAUGGAGUCCAACGACGCUUGGGGGACCACAGAUUCCCCAUCCCUGGAUUUUAGAUUCAGAUACAGAAACUUAAUCCCCCCCCCCAAAGUUAAUCUUGUUGCACAAUAACUAUUCCAUAAUUUUGGUUUUUGUGCGUGAUUCGCAUAUGUGGCAUCAAAAUUAUAUGCAUCAAAACAUGUCGAUGAUUAAAGUACCCCCUUGGUUCUAAUAAAAUGAAUGCUUUAACCAGGGUUUCCCAAACUUGGGUCUCCAGCUGUUUUUGGACUACAAAUCCCAUCAUCACUAGCUAGCAGGACCAGUGGUCAGGGAUGAUGGGGACUGUAGUCCAAAACCAUCUGGAGGCUGAAAGCUUAAUGGGUCAUUGAUCAGAUUUGUUAAAAACCAGUUCGGUACCUAAUCCAAGACCCCAUCCUUGACCAAACACAAAACUCCUUCCACUGUUUUAAAAUACAAAAUUUUGCCACUUUUACUUAUGCGCACAGUUGAACACAUGUGUUGGUAAAUAAACAGCACAGCUGGCACUUUUUAGUAUUAUUUCGUCCUUUGGGGGGAAAAACCCUCCCAAGUGCUCCCACGAGCUUUGAUGUAACCGAAGAAGAGAGAAAUUGUAAGGAACUAAAACUUCUUCUGUUUCUCUGCCCCCUUUCCUGCCUCUCUUCCACUGCCACCCUUGACCUCCCACCUCCAGCUUUGUCUCAAUUUUUUCAACAUCCAGAGUCCCAGACGGUGAAAGAAAAUGGGAUGGCCCGCUUUGAGUGUCGGAUCAAAGGGCUGCCUCCUCCAGUGAUCACCUGGGAGAAGGACCAUGUGGCUGUGCCUUCAGAGGCCAGGUGAGCUGGGCUGGAGUUUGCAGCCUCCAGGUGGAUAAAGACUGUUUUUUGGAGACAUCAGCUCACAUUGGCAAUAUAGAUAAUUCAUCAGUCCAAAUACAAAUACUAUCCUUAUUGGCAAUUAUGAGCUGCCCUUCACCCUAAGGUCUCAGGGUGGGUUACAGCAGUAAGGAAACUGAUAGAAACAGUUUAAAGCAACCUCAAAUUACAUCAGUAAUCUGGGUCCUAAAAAUGUUAACAGUCCAGAAGAUGUUAUCCCAACGGUUGGGGAAGGGCUAAAGCUUAGUAGUGGAACAUCUGCUUUGGAUGAAGGUUCAGUCCCUGGCUGCAACUCCAGGUGGGGCUGGGAGAAACCCCCUCCCUGAAAUCCUGGAGAACUGCUGCUAGCCAGUGUAGGCAACACUGAGCUAGAUGGACCAAGGAUAUGAUUCAGUAUAAGGCAGCUUCCUAUGUUCCUAAGCAAUAACGGCUGAGAGGCCGCUCCUGUUUUUAAAGAGAGGGGUGCGGGGCAGGACCAUUCAGUUAGAAGCAUAGAAUAGUAGAAUUGGAAGGGACCCUGAGGCUCAUUUAGUCCACCCCCUGCAAGGCAAGAAUAUGCAGCUGUCCCAUAGAGGGAUUGAACUUACAACCUUGGCAUUAUCAGCACUAUGCUCUAACCAACUGAGCUAUCCAGGCCCUGUGUGGUUCUAGAACGCAGGGAGUGAUACAUCCUGAGUCCAACUCUUCAACCCUCUUUCCACCCCCAACCUAGCUGGCUCUACCAAUUGACCAGCUGCAUCUUUGGUUACCCCGGGAACAUUGUUUUCGGGAGUCAACCCAGGAUCUGACCCAGCCAACUCCCACUCCAGUACAGAGGUGUCCAGCCAAAACAGUGUGGGACUCUCUUUCUCUCCCCACUCACUGUGCUCACCCCUGACUUGGAGGUCCUCCUCCUCUGACAGAUCCUGACAUUCCCACCCCCAUAACACCGAGAGAUAACGCGUCGUUACACGUGCAUGUGAAUCAGCCCCAUGAGCUGUGCUGUAUGGCUGAUGUAUUGGCUCGACCUAGCAUGGCAGUCUAUAUAUAUAUAUAUCCCCCUGUCCUUUGAUUCCCACAGGUUCAUUGAACUCCCCAACGGGGUCCUCCAGAUCAUAGACGUGCAGGAGAGCGAUGCUGGAACGUACCAUUGUGUGGCAACCAACUGGGCAGGGCAACGCUACAGCUCUGGAGCAGUUCUCAGCAUCUCAAAAGGUAGGAGUUAUACGAGCUAAAUUUUCUUUGUUCUUUUAAUAGCUAGAUCUGUCAGCCUUAGUGACAUUUGAUUCUUUCUUCCAUCCUUUUUUUAUGGCCCAGCACCAAUAAGAGUAACUCUGAGCUGGGUGUCUGCAACCACCACAAUCUUUUACAUACCUUCCAGUGACAUCCCCUAAGCAAUGCUACAUUGGGGCCCAGAGGCAUUGUGGGAAAAUAAAGAUGGUGGCAGCUACAGUCACUUGACUUUGCAUUUUGCCUGUGGCUUUUUUAAAAAAAAAUGCUGCCGCCUGUAAUUAACAAUCCCUGCCACUACCAGAUAGGCUUGUAGUGAGGAGGGGAAUGGGGACCAACUCUUAGGAUGGUGCUAGGAGAGUCACUAGGGCAGCGCUGAGGAACUUUAUGGAAAAUGCAAUUUAAGUCACUCCGAAAGAAAAUACUAGAGCACUCAAAAUCAUUUGUACAUGCAUAGAAAUGAGUAGAUUUAGCUGAAAGGCAGCACAUGUGUCUGUGACUGCCAUGAAGGGACCUUGCACUUCUGGGUUUGCCACUACAUAAUUGAGGAGUGCUCUUAUUUGCAAAGGGAAAACGUCUCUGUCAGUGGAGCUUGUCUAUUAUUACUUGAGCCUUACAUUGAUGAAUCCUAAGAAUGUUCUCGAUAAAAACUGAGGUUCUCCCAGCAACACUGGGUGGCAUUCAGCAUGGUUUUCAACAGUGAAAUUAGCGAACAUGAUUAAGUUCGGUACAUCAAUUUAAGUAAGUCUACUCUAACUUCGAGUUACAUACCACUCAGAGUUUGAAAACCACUGUUUUUAAGCAGUUGCCAGGCUAUUUUUCUUCUCUUUUCUGAGGAAAAGAAAUCUCCACACCCUGAGGCAGACAAAAGGCAGACAUGACUGUGGGUGACAAAAACUCAUCUGUGGAUGAUGAAUACGAUGUUUUGUUUUUAAUAAGAAACACCGCCCUCUGAAAGAUCAUUGACAUCUCUGGCAGGUGGCUGAUCCUUUGCUCCUCUCCUUAUUUCCAAAGCAGUCAAGGAAGGCAAGUGGCAUCUGGUCAGAAACCAUUUCUGUUGCUGUUGUUAAACAAAGCUUUAUACAUACAUGCACUGGCAGCCUCAUACCUGAAGCUGCUCAGGAAUUCUAUGAAACCCCCCCCAAAUUGUGCUGUAUAGAAACCUGUGGGUUAAACCACAGAGCCUAGGACUUGCCGAUCAGAAGGUCAGCGGUUCGAAUCCCUGCAACGGGGUGAGCUCCCGUUGUUUGGUCCCUGCUCCUGCCAACCUAGCAGUUCGAAAGCACAUCAAAGUGCAAGUAGAUAAAUAGGUACCGCUCCGGCGGGAAGGUAAACGGCAUUUCCGUGCGCUGCUCUGGUUCGCCAGAAGUGGCUUAGUCAUGCUGGCCACAUGACCCGGAAGCUGUACGCUGGCUCCCUCGGCCAAUAAAGUGAGAUGAGCGCCGCAACCCCAGAGUCGGUCACGACUGGACCUAAUGGUCAGGGGUCCCUUUACCUUUAGAAACGUUCAGCCUGCCAUCUUGUUUCAAAAUAGCACCCAAUCGUAUCCAAACAUAGGCAGAAACUUGCUCCUCCAUCUCAGGAACCAUCAGGCAAAAUUUGUUUGCAGUAUCUAAAGAGGUGUCUAAAUGCAUAUAGCAAACAAGCCACUUUUCAAAACACAUAUGCUUGCCUCUGGGAACUACAAUCCCCAGAGUUCGCUCUGAAGAGGGAUUGAUUGUUAAACUGCUCUGGGAAUUGGAAGUUCUGUGAGAGGGGAAUAGGAGUCUUCUAAAAAUUCCAGUUUUCCUUUCCCUGGAUGGAGAGGGGACCCCCACCCCCAGCCCCUUGGCUAUUUCAAAGGCGAGCUCAUCCCCGUCGAAGGUCACCGAAAGGGGUUUGCUACCCUGUUGGUGGCAGAGAUGCAGGCAGCAACUGUGAGUCGGGGCUGUUGCCGUGCGAGCGGCAGAUGUUUCAGGCCGGGCAGACGUCACGGUGUAAAUUUCCAGACGCUCCUUGGGGAACUGCAUUCCAAACGGGGAGAAGGAUCUGGGGGCCUUUUACAAGCAGAUCUCUUUCAUGGCCCUGAAAUGGAGAAGUUGUCGUCACUUAGAGGAAAUAUCUCCACAAAGAGAGAGAGAGAGAGAGAGAAGGGAGAGAAAGAGAAAUAGCACAGCCCUGGUCAUUUAAGUCCCUGUCCAGACCUCAGAGAGGGUGACCAAGAACUCCCCACCUUCUGCCCUCUCCAAAGUGGGAUGCCAAAUACAGUGGUACCUUCGUUCUGGAGGUCCAUUCUUAACCUGAAACUGUUCUUAACCUGAGGUACCACUUUAGCUAAUGGGGCCUCCUGCUGCCGCUGCUCUGCCACCGCACGAUUUCUGUUCUCAUCCUGAAGCUAUUAACUUGCAGUACUAUUUCUGGGUUAGCGGAGUCUGUAACCUGAAGCGCCUGUAACCCGAGGUACCACUGUAUGAGCCAGCCACAGACUGUCUUCUGAAAAGAAAACUGGUGAGCCAGUGUGGUGUAGUGGUUAGGAGCGAUAGACUCGUAAUCUGGGGAACUGGGUUCACGUCUCCGCUCCUCCACAUGCAGCUGCUGGGUGACCAUGGGCUAGUCACACUUCUCUGAAGUCUCUCAGCCCCACUCACCUCACAGAGUGUUUGUUGUGGGGGAGGAAGGGAAAGGAGAAUGUUAGCCACUUUGAGACUCCUUAGGCUAGUGAUAAAGCGGGAUAUCAAAUCCAAACUCUUCUUCUUCUUGUGUCAGACCCCAACUCAAUAGGAAAGUGUGCAUGUGUGGAUUCAGCAUAGAAACAAAGAGAGCAGGGGUAGGGAAUGUGGCCCUCCAGUCCUCUCUGCCUGGCCCUUAGCCACACCCCUUACCAGUCCUGCUUGAAGUGUUUUUGCCUGACCAGAAUGUGUCUUUGAACUCUGAUAGCACCUCUCACUUGCUUAGGCAGAGGGUAGAGGGGUGGAGUGUUUUGAGUGCAUGUAGAAACUAGCUGACUGUGCAAAGAUAGCAUUUGUUUGUUGCCCCGCCCACUUUGGCAUCUGGCCACGCCCACCACUGGCAUGUGCCCCCCCUCCAUCCCAGGGUUGCCCAGAAGGAACCUUAACCCUCGCAUCCUCCUCCUCCCCCACCCCGCCUUCUCUUCAAUCUGCUGCUGCUUUGCUUUGUCCUGAGGGAGGAGAAGCUCUGCUGGGCUGAAGCUGCUGGCUCUCUACCCUGCUGCUCAUAUCUUGUACAAAUAUUUGAUGUUGGAAGCACGUUUUUAGUGGUGACAGAGCCACAGGAAGCGAUUCUGCCAGCAGCAGCCUCCCAGCGUCUUCUCCAGUAAUGGCAGGCUUACCCAGUUCUUUAGCUGCAAAGCCAUGGCACCCACCCAACCCCAAUUGUUGCAUCGGGGGGCCUACUCCUCAGAAGUGGCACCCACCCUGUGGAAUGCCUUCCCAUCAGGUGUCAAGGAGAUGAGUAUCUACAUAACCUCUAGAAGACAUCUGAAGGCAGCCCUGUAUAGGGAAGCCUUUCAAUGUGUAAUGUUUUAUUAUGUUUUAUAUAUGUUGGAAGCCUCCCAGAGUGGCUGGGACAGCCCAGUCAGCUGGGUAGGGUACAAAUAAAAUUAUUAUUAUUAUUAUUAUUAUUAUUAUUAUUAUUAUUAUUAGAUGGGGGAGACCCAUGUAUACCACCUUAAGCUCCUCAGAGAUAAAGGUGAGAUAUAAAUUAAGUAAGUAAGUAAGUAAGUAAAUAAGUUAAUAAAUAAAUAAAUAAAUAAAUAAGCAAAUAAAUAGAUAAAUAGCACACAAGAAGGAAUUGAGCACAACAUUCUCCUCACUUGCAAAUCCCAGCAGGGAUUCUGCCUCCAGAUCAUUGCACCUUUUCUUCAUAUCAAACAGGGAGCUGUCCAUGACUGCAAGCCAGAAAUAUAGGAAUUUGCCUUAUACUAAACCAGACAGUUGACUCAGUAUUUGUCUGCACUGAGGGCUUAUCCACAUUUAACUUUUCCUUUGAGCUUUCUAGGCACAGCUUUCCUGGACCCCCCCCCCCGCUCCGCUUUUCAUUGUAAAACCCGAUCUUUACCACUAAGUCAGAGCAAACGGCAAUUUGGGUUUUCUGUGGAUUGCUGUUUGCUCCAAUCCAGCAGUAAAGAGCAGGAAUUCUCUCUGAGAAUUCAGACAGGAGUCAAUUCCCAGUCUUGUUUUGAGGUGCCGGCAAUUGAACCCAGGACCUUCUGCGUGCAAGGCAGAUGCUCUGUCACUGGGCCACGGACCUUCCCCAAGAAAGCUCCUACCUGCACCUGUUUUGUAAUUCCACCAAUACAAACAUCUUCAUUCCACCCUUCUUCCACAGAGCUCAAGGCAGCUUGCAAGAUUUUCCCCCAGUCCUCAUUUUAUCCUCAACAUCAACCCUGUGAGGUAGGUUAGGCUGAGGUCACUCACUGAGCUUCAUAGCUGAGUUGGGGAUCUGAAACCUUUUUAUAAGUCAAGGCCGAAAUUCUGUGAAAUGUAAUCAGUUGGGAAUUGCAGGCCUGGACAAAAGUGGACAUUGUCUCUCUCCCUGCUGCCCUCUUCUCUCUCUUUCUCUGUUGCCCCCCUUUAUCCCCCAUUUUUUCAUGAAACCAGGGUUGCCCUCAGGUUCCUCCCUUCUUCCAACAACCCCACAGCACAGAUGAAUCUUGGAGUGGCCUUAAGAGUCAGUUUUGAGAAACUAGCCCCAGCAGAGGCCUGCCCAGGCAGAGACGGGUGGCUGCUGCCAUUGCCAUUGCCUCUGCCCCCCAACCCCUGCAUUUCGCAAAUGCUCAGCCCCACACCACUUGCGUUCCAACAUGGCUCGCUUGCUGGUGGGGAGGCCGGCGACCGGCUUGGAUAUCAGCUGUCAGCAACAGCCUGAGACGGUGAGAUAUCAGACAACUGAGCCCUGCUCUGCUGUUUUGCUGUGAACUUUCUCACCCUUUUCCAGAGGAGGAGCUUGAGGUUUUAUUCAGCCCCCGAGAACCUCCCCUGAGAAUAGAUUCAGGCUUUUGGAGCAGCUGUUCAAUAGAGGGAAGGGGAGGGAAAAGGAUCCGUCAGUGAUUUUCUACCAUUCUUCUGCAGAUAGCGAGAGACCCAUUUUGAGGUCACUGCAGAGGAGCUUUCAAAACUCAGCCUUUCUCCACCCACCCUUUUCCAAGGGAGGGGGCACACUGUACAGUCCUUGUCCAUUGGGAAACAAAAGGAGGUUUUACAGAAACCUUCAUUCUUUAUCACAUAAUUAGUUUUGCAAGUUUUAACCUGUUUAACCAGAAGAUUAAGCAAUGGAAACGUGGGAAGGAGGGAGGGAGCGAUUUUGAUCAACGAGAGGAUGCUCUCAAUUGGUGAGCCUGAGAAUUAAGUGUUUGCUUCUCAAAGUAAUGUUGACUCUGAUUGGUCAUUGCAGUAAGGAAAAUGAGAAAGGGGGGCAGCUUUUGUUGCUGGAAGAGUAAAUUGUCUCACAUGUCUCCUGGUAUCUCAAACAAGACGGCAACGUUGAGCAUGAGGUGACGGGCUGAUUUGUUUAAAUUGAGGUGAGUCCUGAAUUAGGAGGGACACUGGUGGCGCUGUGGUCUAAACCACUGAGCCUAGGGCUUGCCGAUCGGAAGGUUGGCGGUUAGAAUCCCCACAACGGAGUGAGCUCCCAGCGCCUGCCCACCUAGCAGUUCGAAAGCACGUCAAAGUGGAAGUAGAUAAAUAGGUACUGCUCCAGCGGGAAGGUAAACAGCGUUUCUGUGCGCUGCUCUGGUUCGCCAGAAGUGGCUUAGUCAUGCCGGCCAUAUGACCCGGAAGCUGUCUGUGGACAAACGCUGGCUCCCUCAGCCUAUAGAGCGAGAUGAGCGCCACAACCCCAGAGUCAUCCGCAACUGGACCUAACGGUCAGGGGUCCCUUUACCUUUACUGAAUUAGGAACCAAAAGAGAGUUUUGCUGGAUCAGGCUAAUGGCCCAUUUGGUCCAGCAUCCUGUUCUCACAGUGGUAGAGGCCUUGUAACAGAGUAAGCACACAGGUUUCUGUAACUUGGAAGGGUAGGCUGCCAUCCUAUUGUUUGGUGCUUAAGGUAAAAAGGGGAGUGGAGCAGGCAGAAUAAGGGUGACAGGCCCUUGGAUCAGCAGCAGAGCUCAUGUUUAUAUGCAGAAAGUCCCAGGUUUGAUCCUUGGUACCGCAGAUUAAAACUCUGUGUGUGUGUGUGUGUGUGUGUGUGUGUGUGGUGAAGCCUUCCAGAUGUUGCUGUACUCCAGCUCACAUCAUUCCUGACCGUGCCGAGGGGAGCUGGAGUCCAACAACAUCAGGAAGGUGACAGUAUUGUCCACACUGACUGGCAGCAACUCUCUGGGGUUCCAGACAAGAGUCUUCCCCAGCCCUGCCAGGAGAUGCAGCCAGGGAUUGAACCUGUGACCUUCUGCAUUCCAAGCAGAUGCUCUGCCGCUGAGCUGCAGCCCCUUUCCCUAAAAAAUAAAUCAAUAUUCCGGUUCUCAUGAUUUUGAAUAACAGAGUGAUUCAAUUAGGAACAUAGGAAACUGCCUUGCGCUGAGUCAUAGCAUUGGUCCAUCUAACUCAGUAUUGCCUACACAGACUGGCAGUGAUCCUCCAGGAUUUCUAUCUGGAGAUUUCUAUCUGGAGAUGCCAGGGAUUGAACUUAGGACCUUAUGCAUGCAGGUGCUCUGCUGUGGAGCUACAGUCCUUUGCCAUGAACAGGAUCCCACUUGUGCUGUAGUCACUAUGAGUGAGUCCUUCACUCAUAGGCAUCCAAUUGAAAGCAGCUCUGGGCCUGGAAGAACCAGAUUAUUUUCCUGAAAGCUUGGCUUGCUUAGAUUUUUAAUUUUUUUAUUUACAGAUAUAUACAUUUCACUGAUUUUACAAUCAUUUUGACAUUUUAAAACUUGACUUCCUUCCACCUCUUUCUUCGGUUCCUUAAAUUUAUUUUUAAUACCUUCUGCGUAUCCAAAUUCACUUAACUUACUCAUUUAUUUUUAUCUUCUUUAAAUAUAUACUCUUUAAAUAUAUAAUCCAGCCAGUGUUUUUAUCUGUUUACGAUUUAUCUGUAAAUAUUCAAUAAACCAUUUCCACUCUUUUAUAAUAAAAAGUUUGUUAUCUUGAUUUCUUAUUCUUCUGGUAAGUUUCACCAUUUCUGCAUAUUCCAUAAGUUUUUGUAUCCAUUCUUCCUUUGCUGGGACUUCUUCUUCUUCUUCCCUUGAAAGUUUGGCUUGCUUAGAAUGCCUCGACUCCUUUAUCUCAUUUUUGGAAAGACUGAAAACCUGUCCUUUAUUCCGCUAGGGCACCAGCUGCCUGUGACAGGGGAUGUUGCCAUCGUCGCCGUGCCAGAGAACGCCACCGUCGUGGUUGGAGAGAGCGCCGUGAUGGAGUGCAUGGCAUCUGCAAACCCCACGCCAUUUGUUUCUUGGAUACGGGAUGGUAAGUGAAGACCGCCAGCCCUUUUGAUGCCAAGAGGCGACGGUGGGACCCUUUGGUUUCUGAAAAAUCCAUCAGGAGAGGAAUGCGCCCCGAGAAGCUUUGCAAAGUGCAACUGAAUACAAGGCGGCCGAGCUCUCCGUGGCCGGGGAACGGCUCCCGAGUCGAGCUCGCCCAUUAACGUUAACGCGAUACAAAAGCAUGCGGUUCAUUUAUGUUGUUUGAUCUGUAAAAGAUACGGAAUCCUAGUUGCUGGAUGCCUUUUGAUCUAAAUUGGACACGGCCAAUAUCGAAUGACACCCCCCAGCUCGAAAGGGCAGGGCAGGAGGGUCGGGCCUUUUGUAGACGUUUCGCGGGGCCGGGCGCAUCUGUUGCUGCUUUGCAAAAAUAACUCUCGGGUUAUCUUUAGGAUUAUAAAAACGUGAUAAAGAUCGCUGAAGGCGCUGAGGAUGGGGCAGGGCUGGGGCAUGCCUCUCUUUUUAAGAAACGCGGCAUUUCCCUGUGGGGGUGAAGGUGGCGUGUGAAAGUCACCAAAGCCCCAAAUUCGAUGCAGAUCAAAGGAUGCCCAAGCAAGAGCCAACCCACCUAAUUUUGCAGGAUUGGAGAUUAGCAGGGCCUUUAACUUCAACCAACUGCCCUGCCCCAAACGUACAAGGCUGGGGAAUUCUGAGGCCGAGGGUCUUAAUGUGGCCCUCCAUGUCUCUCUGCCUGGCCCUCUAGCCCUCCCCUAGGCAACACCCCUCUCCAGCCACCCUCUUUGUUGUGCCCAAGCCUCACCCCACACUGAUGCCACUUCACAGCUUCCUAGAGUGUUUCUGCCUGGCUUGAUGUGGCGUUGAGUAAUGGCUGCUUGCCUGGGUGUAAGAAGAUGCAGUGCUUUUUGUGUGCAAUGGGACUCCUUGGUCCAGAGUAUUGGCACUUCUUUUUUGGGGGCUGCCCAUGCCAGCCAUUAUGAGCUGGCACCCACAGCCCUUUAAACAGUACCUCUUUGUGCAGUAUACAGUUCAACUAUGGAACUCCCUCCUGUUGGGAUGCGUCCGGGGAGAUGGGGGCAAUUGGCUGGCCCCCAGCUGGCUCCAGCCCACUGUUCUCAGAGCAGCAUCAAAACUGCGACUCAAGCCUCAGAGACUUUUAGAGACUGAGCAACCAAGCUAGCAGAGAUAAGAACUCUUUGCAACAGAAGUAGCGGACAGAGGCAUAUGUAAGCAUAUUUACAAGCAUUUAUUCAGCAUCAGGACAAAGGAAACACAUGUCUGCUUCCCUUCGUGUCCAAGCAAACAGCAUAGGGAAAAGCUAUAUACAACGGAACCUCCCAGCAGACGGUGCUGGAAGUAAACAGACAUGUGACAUACAACAACUCCACAUGCCUGUUCUAGAGGUGGAACAGAACUAUAUCCUAACACCUCCCACAGGAGGCAGUGAUGGCCACCAACUUGGAUGGCUUCUGAAGAGGACUGGGCAAAUUCAUAAAGGAGAGGGCUAUCGAUGCCUUCUAGCCACGAUGGCUAUGCUCUGCCUCUAUGGUCAGAGGCAGUAAUGCUUCUGAAUGCCAGUUCCUGGAAACCACGGGAGGGGAGAGCUCGGAUCCUGCUUGUGGUUUUCUCACAGGCAUCUGGUUGAGAAACAGGAUACUGUACAAAGAGGUAGAGGGAUUAUUCUUUCAUAUGUGGUGGACUUGUGAGAGGGUAAAAGAACAUUGGGAAAUGAUCUAUAAUGAAUUGAAAAAAAAUGUUUGAAAGUACUUCCCUCCCCAAAACCCCCAGAGUCUUUUCUGUUGGGCUGAAAUUCAGACUGAAAUUCCCAGGUGUCAAAAAAGGUAAUUUAUAUAUGCCCAUCUUUUGUUAGCCCCAAAAUGGAAAACGAGUGAGAUCCCAACCAAAGAAGAGUGGCAACUUAAGUUGAUAGAAUAUGCACCGCUUGCAGACAUAACUUAUACAAUAAGAGAACAAGAAGAACAUACGUUUAGAGAAGAUUGGAAAACAUUUAUUGAAUAUAUGGGAAAUAACUAUGUACAGCUGAAACUGUCUGCAUUAAGAUAAAUCCAACAGUGCAAAUAAGUUUUGAUGGAUGUAAUAAUGGAAUACUGAAUGGUAUCAUUUUUGUAAAAUAUGCGGGGAUUUAUGAUAUGUAAAAUGAACCAUGGAAAGAGAAGAAGGGAAGUCACUGAUAUCUUAAGAAUGUAAAAAGGAGUACUCUAAAUUGUAAAACAGAAAAUUUAAUAAAAAUUAUAUUUUUAAAAAAGAGAAAAAGGAUGCUGUGCUAGAUAGACCCUUGGUCUGAUCCAGCAGGCUCUUCUUCCAUUCUUAACAAGGCAUGAGUACUGGCACCUCAUUUUUUAACCAAAAAAGCACUGAAGAUAUAGAUGUGUGUAUGUAGAAACUAGCCAGACUUACAAAGGUAAAGUUUGCAUUCAUUGUUCUGAUCCCUUUUGCUCUGGCCCUGUCCACCUCUGGCAUGUACCCCACACUGAAGGUUGACCAGAAGAAAAUGUGGACCUUGCCCUGAAAAAGGUUUCCCUCCCCACCUCUGCCUCUGUACCAUAAGAGAAACCAAUUUUGAUGUAAAAUUGCAGCACCACUCCACUGGUCUUCAUACAUUCCAGUGCAGUGUGUCCCCUGAUUAAGUAGGGGGCACAACUGUACAGUCUUUCUUUGACUGCUCUAAGCAAUCAGUUGGAAAUUAGAAUGACUCCUAAAAACUUGGUGCUAAAUUAUAGCAGAAACGUACGGUUCUCAAAACUGAGUGCAAAAAGUCUGCCCUAAAGUCUGAAAUAUUAAGAUCAUCAUCCUGCCAGAGCGAUGCACUUUUAAGAUGAUAAUGUGCAGGGUUUCUCUCCCUCCCCCCAUUAUCUUCCUUAAGAAUUUGAUGCCUUGUUGUUCCUUUGCAGACGGGGACCCUAUUUCCACAGAUGUGAUUGUGCUGGGACGGACCAACCUCUUGAUUCCUCAUGCCCAGCUCCAUCACUCAGGGAUCUAUGUCUGCCGUGCCAAUAAACCCCAGACCAGGCAGUUUGUAACCGCUGCGGCUGAGCUCAGAGUUCUUGGUGAGAACAGAGAAUAAACCAGUUCUGUGCUGUCAUAGACUGUAGCUCGGUGGAGCAUCUGUUUUGCAUGUAGAAAGUCUCAGGUUCAGUCCCUAGCAUCUCCAGGUAGGGCUGGGAGAAAAUCAGGCCUGAAAUCCUAGAGAGACUUUGCCAGCUAAUAUGGGCAAUGCUGAGCUAGAUGUCUGGCUCAGAUUAUAAUUAUUAUUAUUAUUUAAAAAUUGUAUACUGCCCUUCAUCUGAAGAUCUCAGGGUGGUUCACAGCAUAAAAAUACAAGAUAAAAACACAAAAUACAUAAUAAAAAGCUUUCUUCAAAUAAAAUUCAACACUGUACUGUAAAGGACUUAGAAGCUCAAAGCUGUAAGUUCCACCUUCCUAUGCUCUUUAGUUGUAAAAACUGCCUCAGUAUUUGGGGGCUAUUAUUUCCGGGUCCUUGCAAAACUGAGUGCUGGGUAUCUGCAUGAACCAAGGUCUCACCUGCUUGCUUAUGGGGCCCACUCACCACUUCCAGGCCCCUGUAUCUAUUCCAGCAGGAAGGACUAGAAGAAAUGGUUUUGGUUAGCCUUCACUUUGUCGAAGGGAAGGUACACGUUGCUCCUGCCUCAAAGACUGGGCUAGGACAACUUUCCCCAACUGGGUGUUCUCCUGAUGUUUGGGCUACAACUCUCACGAGCCCCAGUCAACCUAUCUUAUAAGAAGCCCUUAAGCAAGUCUCAAACGCAACACUCUCUCCCUACUUGGGAUUCGCAGCAGCUGAUACUGAGAGGCAUACUGACUCUGACAGUGAAGGGAGAACAAGUAGCAACUCAUUAUACUUAAGGUAAAGGUAAAGGGACCCUUGACCAUUACGGCCAGUUGUGGCCGACUCUGGGGUUGCAGCGCUCAUCUCGCUUUAUUGGCCGAGGGAGCAGGCGUACAGCUUCCGGGUCAUGUGGCCAGCAUGACUAAGCCGCUUCUGGUGAACCAGAGCAGCGCACGGAAACGCCGUUUACCUUCCCGCUGGAGUGGUACCUAUUUAUCUACUUGCACUUUGACGUGCUUUUGAACUGCUAGGUUGGCAGGAGCAGGGACCGAGCAACGGGAGCUCACCCGUCGCGGGGAUUCGAACCGCCGACCUUCUGAUUGGCAAGCCCUAGGCUCUGUGGUUUAACCCACAGCGCCACCUGCGUCCCUUAUCCUUAUCCUCCAUUAAUUUGCCUGCCCUGAGUCUUCCAACAUUCAGCUUCAUUGGCUGUCCCUGGGUUCUAGUGUUAUCCAUCCCCAUUCAUGAUUUUAUGCUGCUCUACCGUGUCACUUCUUCCUUGCCUUUCCUCUAAAUGAAAUAGCCCCUUUCCUAACCUUUAGAAGCUAAUUUUCUUCUUCUGCCUCUUAAGCUCCCCCUGUCAUCUCCCAGGCUCCGGAGACCAUUUCUCGGACCCGUGCCAGUACCGCCAGGUUUGUGUGCAAAGCAGAAGGAGAGCCGUCUCCCAGCAUCCACUGGAUGAAGAACGGAGAGCCUCUCUUGUCCAAAGGGCGGGUGAAGAUGCAAAGUCGCGGCACCCUGGUGAUCAACCAGAUCGGGCUGGACGACGCCGGCUAUUACCAGUGCGUGGCAGAGAAUCACCUGGGCAUGGCGUGUGCUGGGGCCAGGCUGGUGGUGAUUGUGCGGGAAGGUUUGCCCAGCGCCCCUAAGAGGGUGUCUGCCAGUUCUCUCUCCAGCACGACUGUCUUGGUAUCCUGGGAACGUCCAGAGUUCAACAGCGAGCGGAUCAUUGGCUUCUCACUCCAUUACCAGAAGGCUUCGGGUAUGUCCCUUGAAUGGUUGUUUGGUCAUCAUAGUUUGUAUCAUGGCAUAUCGACUUUGUAUCGAGUUUUAGAAGACGUCUGAAGGCGGCCCUGUUUAGGGAAGUUUUUAAUGUUUGAAGUUUUAUUCUGUUUUUAAUGUUUUGUUGAUAGCCACCCAGAGUUGUUGGGGAAACCCAGCCAGAUGGGCGGGGUAGAAAUAUUCUUCUUAUUAUUGGGCAGCUAGCCUCCUGGCCUCCUCCUACUUGAAGGUCAAACUAGCUAGCCUUCUCAUGCUGUUUGGGCCUCUCUUAAAAGCCUGAGUUUCUGUUUCAGCUGUAAGUAAUUGGCGCAGAAUUGACUGCCCCGUUAUUCUUUAGGCCACACCCGCACCAUAAAUUUAAAGCACAUGCAUUCCACUUCAAGAAGUCAUGGCUCCCUCCCCCAAGAAUUAUGGGAGCUAUAGUUUGUUAAGGCUCCUGAGAGUUCAGAGUGGUUUAACAGUCAGUCCCUCUUUGCACAGAACUCUUGGGAAUUGUAGCUCUGGGAGGAGGUCACUGCUGAGGUCAAAGCACAGUAUGAAGUCCUUCACUCCUCCUCCUCCUGAAGGACUUGCUCACAAAUUUAUUAACAGCUGCAUGAAUUAUGAUAGCUAGGAAGUGGAAGGGGCAAGCAGAAUAUAAAAUGGAAGAAUGGUAUAAAAAGGUGUGGGAUAUAACUAUCAAUGAUAAAUUAACACGUGCCAUUAAGGUAGGAUGGGGAAUAUGCAGGAGAAACGAUUUUAAGGAGAUAUGGAGGGUGUUUGUAGAAUUUGUACUGUUAAAAUGGAAAGGGGUCAAACUAUCACAAGAGGUGUUGAAAUUUUGGGAGGUUGGAUAGUUGCAAUGGAAUGGUCUUGGUGGUGGGGUGCACAUUUUUAUUCUUAUUUAUUUAUGAUUAUGACUUUGUCUAAAUAAAUAAAUAAAAAGCACAGUAUGAAGGGGGUGGAUGUAGCCCUGAAAAGAGGGAAUUGUUGCUAAAAACCACCAUGGGAACUGUAGCGCUAUGAGAGGAGUAGCUGUCUCAUAACAACUCUCUUAACAUAUUCUUAAAACUCUCAACACACUGCAAGUCCCAGAGUCUUUGGGAGAAGCCAUGACUGUGUAAUAGCGCUUUCAAUGUUUGGUGCAGAUGUCACCUAACUCGUUGCCAGAAAUGUGGGUUUGAAACCCUGAUUGUGUUGAAAAGGUGGGAACAGCACCAGCAUUUGCUUAAAAACCAAACUGCGUGCCGUGAAAGGUGCACUGGACCUUUUCUGUGAGCUGCUUGCAGGAAGCUGCUCUGAAGAAAGGACAAAACACGUUCUUCUUUUUCUUUUCUUCUUUUUCGUCUGACAGCGUUGUGUACCCUCUCUAGGCGCUGACAACGUGGAGUACCAGUUCGCGGUGAACAACGACACGACAGAGUUCCAGGUCAAAGAUCUGGAGCCCAGCACCAACUACGUUUUCUAUGUGGUGGCGUAUUCGCAACUCGGAGCCAGCCGAACCUCCUCUUCCAUCAACGUACAGACACUGGAGGAUGGUUCGUAGACUUGGAGGGGAAGGGACUGUUCCCCACCCCAUGCUUCCUGGAAGAAAUAAAUCACAUAGUGGGCCCCGUUAUGUGUGUGUGUGCAGCAGUGUGAAGUAUUUUGAACUGAAGGGGUGACCUUCAUUUGUGCUUGUAAUUAGAUGAGGUUAACACAAUUUGCUGACUCAAGCCUUCCCUUCCGCCCUUGCAAAAGCUGUGUCGGGGAGAGCUGGGUUUAAGGCGAGUUCACACACUCUGCUGGACCCCUAGAGUCCCCACUUGCCCGUGCGGGUUUUUCGGGGGGUCGCCUAGCCCUGACGUUUACCCCCAGAGCCCUGAAAGCCAGAACUGUGUCGUCCUUUACUCGGAUGACACGGAGCGCGCCGCUAUUCCCUCCACAGCAGACCGGAAGACAAAAUAAUUUUAAAGAAGACAAAUUUGUUUAGCAAUCCUUCAUUCUUUGCUAGGUACAACAGUGACACAUUUAAUUUCUAAAUGGCCUGUCUGUUCUCACAGGAAGCCCAAAAGCAGGAUAUUGAGUGCAACAACACUCUUCCCAUUUGUGGUUCCUAACAACUGGCAUUUAGAGGCAGGCUGCCGUGGUCUAACUUAGGCAUUGUGGCUAGUAGCCAUCCCUGUGCCAUUUAGGCAACCUGUUGAUAUGACACAGCAUGUAGGUGCAUUAUCAAAAAUAAAGAAAUUGCCCUGAGAUCAGUUCAGCUUGGCGGUUCUCAUGCUGUGCGGUCCUGGUGUUCUGGUAUCUCCACCCUUCCCCCUUGGAAAUGUCUCUUUGCAUUGGUGUUAGAAAACACUUCUGCAUAAAAGAAAAAUAGCCAGAUUUCCUUUCCUAGAGGAAAUAGGUUGGCUAAGUGAAUUGCAGAGUGUGUUUCCAAAUGUUCUCUUAUUUAUUAUCCUUAUUAUUUAUUAUUACAGUUAUUUGUCGCCUGCUACCAAAAUGUCUCAAAGAAACUUACAGUUAUAAAAGCGGGCAUAAAACAAAAUUUGAAAUAAAUAAAUAAAAGAACAUAAAUUAAUGCAAUAACAGAAAAUGGUCAGCCCCUAUCCUGCCCUACUGAAGACGAACAUCAAUACAGACUUGGGUAUAAAUCAUACCCUAUCAUCCAGUUAAGACCCAAAUUCUUGGGUGAACAGGAAUGUCUUUGUCUGGUGCCUAGAAGUUUGUAAUGAUGGUGCCAGGCAUAUCUCUUUGGGGACAGUGUUUCAUAGUUGGGGAGCCACCACUAGAAAGGCCUGUCCUUGUGUUGCUUCCCUGUGAGGGGGCACACAAAGAAGGCCCUCAGUUGAUGAACACAGGGUCCAUGUAGGUUCAUGUGGGGAGAGGUGGUUCCUAAGGUACUGUGGGGUUCUGGGCCAUUUAAGGCUUUAAAGGUCAAAACAAACGCUUCAAAUUGAGCCUGGAAACCUAUCUGCAGCCAAUCAAUGAAGCCCUCCAGGUUCAAGUGUGUGUGUGUGUGUGUGUGUGUGUGUGUGUUUUCACCCACCAAAUGGGUGUUUUGCUCGUUUCCUUUGUGACGAGGUGGAGUCAUCGCUUUUAUCCUUUCACUCCCCAGUUCCCAGCGCAGCUCCUCAGCUGUCUCUUUCUAGCACAACACCAAUGGACAUCAAGGUGACUUGGCUGCCUCUCCUUCCGGAACUCAGCAAUGGCAGAAUCACCAAGUACAAAAUUGACUACGCUCCCCUCAAGGAAGGUAAGGAAGAGAUGGUUCUGGUGCCAGAAACUGGGGCACGAUUAGGGAUGUAGCGAAGCAGUGAUUUUCACCCUGUCCUGGGUUCAUCACAAUCAGUGCUGUUUCCAUUCUGCUACAGUUCAACUUCCAGCAAAACUGGUGUUGUUUGCUAACUCUAAGCUUUGACCAAAACCAGUGUUUUUUUCCCCAGGGGGUACUGAGUACCAGCACCUAUUUUUCGAGAAAAAUAGCACUGACCAAAACUAAUGUAAUUAAUUUCACAAUCAAAUUCAGUGGAAGGGAAACAUCAAAAACAGUGCAGAAAGUAACGUAAUUAUUUAUGUAAAACAAUAGCUUGUACUCACUGGUGUUCUUUCUGUUUCUGACCUCAGAUGUACAUGUGAACUGUGGCAAUUUCUGCUCCCAUUUCUGUUUCUGAUGGAAUUCUCUAGCACCCACCAGCAUGUUAGACUCAGCAUGUUGGGCUCUGUUUUUCUAACAGAUCUGAUUUCCUCAACCGAGGUUGGUGCGAAUGAGACCCAACUCACUCUUCAUGGCCUGCACCCUAAUAAAGUCUACAAAGUGCGCAUUGCUGCGAGUACAAGCGUGGGCUAUGGGGCCCCUUCAGAAUGGACACAGCACCGUACCCCGGAUAGAGACAACCAAACUCAUGGUAGGUCAGCCCACUGCCCACGAGGAUCAUGUCCGCUGCUCUCAGGGCAUAGUAGGACAUGGAGAGUUUUGUGUCUGCAAAUGGAAUUCGGAUCCAAGAUAAGUAUGUGGAAGCUUUAAUCAAAGAUAGGAAGCAUAAUAGUCAAGGAGAGCAAGCCUGAGAUCAAGGUGGCAAUGAAAUGCUGAUUCCUUUAUUUGAUUUUUAAUGUAUAUGUAGCACCCUUCAUCAGAAUGGAUCCAGAGUGUUUUCUUCCUAUAUAAAUAAAAAUGUAAGGCUGUCAUCACGCAGCAGUUCAUGACCACACCAACUCCAGCAGGAACAGGUGGCAAGUGAGUGAGCAAGCAGCGCGGGUGGCAGUUGGCCCAGGCAAACUGUUUAACAGAGUGGGGGAGGCACUGGGAAACCUGGUGCCCCCCAGUGUUGUUGGGCUCUGGCUCCCAUUGGCUCCAGCCAUCUUGGUCAAUGGUUGGGGAUGAGGAAAGUUGUUUUCCAAAACAUCUGGAGAGUACCGCACUGCUUACCCUGAUUUAGUACAACCCUGUAUGGUACCUUCUUGUAUUUUUAUCCUACUCUUCCUCCAAGGAGCCGAGAAUAGUACAUUUAUUAUUAUUUUAUUUUACACCCUGUGAAAUAUACUCAGAGUCAAGAGUGGAUUUCAUGCUCUUUAUUCAGUUCACAGUGGUGAGGAGGGAUGGAAGUUCCCCCAGAAUGUCUGCUUUAUAUACAUUAUUUACACAAUGGGUCCCACGUGAUUGGCUAAUUCCGGGAUUCACCUGUAGGCCAAUCAGGUUGCGGAUUCACUUCCACCUGGAGCUGGAUUGGGUGGCUCCUGUGGACGAAUCAGACUGCUGCAUUCUGAAUCCUAUUGUUCUAGGACCAAUCAGACUGCUUCCUUUUGGAUCCUAUUCAGCUCAGUACAUAACACCCUGCCUUCCUCUCAAAGGAGCCAUGGGCAGCAAACAAAAAGCUGAUAAAACAACAACAAAAGCAAUUAAAACAAUUCCAGUACAGAUACAGACUGGGCGAGAGCUCUGCUUAAAAGCCUUGUCGAAGGAGGAAGGUUUUCGGCAGGAACCAAAAAAGACAACAGAGUCUGUGCCUUUCUAAUGCGUAAAGGGAGAGAAUUCCAAAGGUGCCACAACGCUUAAGACCCAAUUCCUGUAUUGUGUGGAGUGGGCCUUCUGAUAAGACGGUAUCUACACGAGGUCCUCACCUGCAGAGCAGCUGGGGUGUAUAAGGGGUGAGACAAUCCUUCAGGUUUCCUGGUCCCAAGUUGAGUAGUGCUUUAUACACCAAAAACAAACAAACAUACACACACAAACAAACAAACAAACACAAAAGCCUAGCACCUUGAUUCUUGAGGCAACCACUGUUGAUGUUUCUUCCUUGCUUCCCCUAGUUCCGUUUGCCCCGACUGAGUUAAAAGUCCGAGCGAAAAUGGAGUCCCUACUGGUGAGUUGGCAACCUCCAGCUAACCCCGCCCAGAUUUCAGGCUACAAACUUUACUACCGCGAAGUGGCCACAGAGGAGACGAGUGAGGAGAACCUCUCCGAAGGUCCUGGGGAUGGCGCUUGGGAUGUUGGGCCGAUAAAGCUGAAGAAGAAGGUCAAGCAGCAUGAACUGACAGAGUUAAGUAAGUUCAUUUGUUUGUUGAAUUUAUAUCCCACCUUUUUUUUGUCCAAGGAUGUCAAGGUGGCGUACAUGGUUCUCCUCCUCCUUCCUUUAAUCCUCACAACAACCCUGUGAGGUAGGUUAGGUCAGGAGGCAGUGACUGGCCCAAGGUCACCCAGUGAGCUUCAUGGCCAAGUGGGGAUUUGAAUCCAGGUCUCUGACACUCUAACCACUACACCACGUUUGCUCUCGGAAAAGGUUUCCUGUGCCCUGCUUGUUCCCGUGAACUGGCCAUGGAGGUUGUCUGUGGCAAGGAGCCCACCAAUCAGAACAUUCUCCGAUCUGUGUGGACCCAAACUUUCUAAAACUUGGGUGAUCAGCCUGCGGCCUGAGGGCCGUGGUUCUCAACCUGAUUUCGUGUGGGUAGCGAGGAAGGAGAAAACAGAGAGGUGGGAUGAGAGAGAAAAGCAAGUGCCCCAUUGGCUCCACCCUCUGCUGGCUUGCGGCCCUCAACAGAUUACCCUGAAAGGAAUGUGGCCCUCAACCUCAUUCUAAAUGCCAUGCCAAAGAAAUACAGCUUUUCCAGCUGGGAUAAAUGUUGCUACUUAACCCAACUUUUGCAAACUUCCAGACACAUAGAAGUUAAAUCUGUUUCAUUUCUUCUUAGUUCCUGCUGAUUUUAACCACCUUGAAUGUUCUUAAAUACCCAUUUUUACCAAUAAUUUUAAUGGGGUUUUUUGUUUGUUUGUUUGUAAGCUGCUUAGAGGUUUCUUUACAGUUAUGCAGUAUACGCAUUUUGUUAAAUGAAUAAAAUAAAUGGCAUGCACUGCUUGUGAGGGCCAUCUCAUAUGCUGACAUUUCAAGACAGGGUUCAGACAGAGCACCCCUAACCUGUUGCCCUUCCAGAUGUUUGGGGCUACAAUUCCAUGCUGGCUGGGACUGAAGGGAGUUGUAGUCAGAAAAAUCUGGAGGGCAUGAGAUCUGGCAAAGGCUAGUCCAGAGGUAUAGAAUUGUGAGGAAGGGGGGAGAUUCUGAAAAUUUGGGAAGAGUGGGCCAUGGAGUCUGGAGAGUGAGGAAUCUAGAUAGCUGUGGGUAGAGGAAACAGGACUUCUUCCAGGCACUAGAACCACUUGCAGUUAUUUUUUUGCAAUCAAGCAGUGUAUAAAUUUUAUGAAGUAAAUAGAUAAAAUCACUACCCGAAACUCCCUGCAUUAGUCAUGCUAGCAUAAUUCCAAAGCUUGUAUCUGAUGGUAGUCCUAUUUAGAGUAGACCCAUUAAAAUUAGUAGGCAUGCCUAAUGCUUUCAACAGGCCUGCCCUGAACCGUGCCAGAUUUAGGGCGGUGCAGGCGGUUCCCCUGCCCAGGGCACCAAGCCAAGGGGGCGCAAAACUGAGAAGAUCUAUAAUUGAGAAGAUCCAGUUGGGCGUGCAAAAUUUUGGCCUCACUCAGGGCUUUAUCCUACCAAAGAUUACCAAAUUCUGCCCCUGCUCUAAGUAGCACUUAGACCGCAUUUGCACCAGACACUGAAAGCCUCACAAUAACUACUUUCAACAAUCCUGGUUUCCCCGAAGAUUUCUGGCAGGUGUCAUUUUUAAAAGGGUGCUGAGGGCUGUUAGGAGACCCCUAUUCCUCUUCACAGAACUGCAAUUCCCAGAGGGAUAUAUUGUUAAGCCACUCUAAGAACUGUGGCUCUGUGGGGGGAAUUUGGGAUCUCCUAACAACCCUUGGCACCCGUAACAAUCUACAGCUCCCAGAAUUCUUUGGGGGAAGCCAUGGCUGUUUAAGCUGACAUCUCAUAGUGCUUUAAAAACAUGGUGCAAAUGUGGCAUUAGUUGGAUACAACCUCAGUUGUACAGUUUGUUGUGCUAUGGAUUGGGUAGGUAGAAAUCCAUGCCUGAAAGAGGAGGAAGUUGAGUUGGCGGUUGUCUAACAACCAUAGAACAUUUAUUCUAUGCGCUGUUGCCUGAACCAGGCCUGAGGUCUACCUCCAUUACAUUUGGGCUGUGACUGGAGAGAGAGGGCACCCUGUGUGGGGAGAUGUUUGGCUGUGGGUCCCUCUUUUAAGCCUUUGCUCUAUGCUGAGACACUCAGCAACACACACACACACACACAGCCACACAGCCACUCUGCAGUUUGGACCAUCUCCAGGCCGACUCUGUUCUGCCUGCUGCCAAGAUUUUCAGAGCAGACAAAAAACCCUUUUUGCUGUGGCGUUCUUAGGGAGGCUGGCAAAAAAAAAAAAAAGGAGCUAAAAUGUUUUCUCUCUCUUCUAGAUGCAAAUGUGUGUUGCACAAGUGUAAGGCUUUUCUGAUCCUUGCCAUCCAUGUGCUUUUCCUUGUGGGGGGGGGAGUGGCACCACUCUCUCCCCCCCACCAUACACACUUGCACAAUCAAAAGAAGAGUGAUACACUGGCACAGCCAAAAUGUGCUUUUGUACAGGCUGUAUUGUGGUGGCGAAAGGAGCUGGCCAUCUUCUUCACAGCAGGCCCUGAAUAGGCACAUCCUUAAUUAGCAGAGCUUCGUCAAUGAAACCAACAAGAAGUGGGGGGAGGGAGGCCAUUUGGGGAGGAACAAGGAGCUGGGUGUCCAAAGAGAGAAUUGCCCCAUUUUCCCUCUAUUUGUAAACUUUGAGAUGCUCAAGCCGUUCCCUUGAAUAAGCAGAUCUUACAAAAGAGGGGUGAAGAAAGAAGCAGGCGAGCUUUAGAACAGCCCUCUUGGCUUGCUCUCUCUGGAGCUUGGCUUGGAUUGCAGCACAGCCAAAAAGGGUGGCUGCAUCUGGCGCUAACACAGAAUUCACAUUGCCGGAAAGCUCCGCUUUGGUUGCAAGGCCAUGGUCUGCCCUGGAUGGCCUUCAGCAAUACAGCAGGUCCAUGCACUCAUUUAAUGGGUUAAAAAAAUGCCCUAUUUAUAUUUUGGCAGCAUCCAAUAAAAAUGCUUAAACAGCCUGUUCCUGGUUCGCUCUAUUCAAGAGGUGGGGUCAGUGGGAGCGUGGAGUAGAGUCACUGUACAACCCCCCGUAGUGAUGAAAUGCCAAAGGACAAUUGCCUGGAGGAGGUUACUAAAGACUCACCCGGCACUUGAUUCUAGUUGGGCAAAGGGAGAUGGAUUUGGGACGCCAAGUUUUUCUCUUAAUUUUAAAUGUAUUCAUUACAUUUAUAUCCCACUUUUCUUCUAAGGAACUCAAGGGGGCGUACGCACUUACUCCCCUUGCCCUUUUUAUCCUCACGACAACCCUGUGAAAUAGGUUAAAGUAUGAGGGUUGCGUUCAACCUAACUUUUACUCAGAAUAGACCCAUUGAAAUUCAAAAUUAAUGGGCCUAAGUCAGCUUUUACUUAGAAUACAGUGGUACCUCGGGUUGAGUACUUAAUUCGUUCCGGGGGUCUGUACUUAACCUGAAACUGUUCUUAACCUGAAGCACCACUUUAGCUAAUGGGGCCUCCUGCUGCUGCCGGAGCACAAUUUCUGUUCUCAUCCUGAAGCAAAGUUCUUAACCUGAAGCACUAUUUCUGGGUUAGCGAAGUCUGCAACCUGAAGCGUAUGUAACCUGAAGCGUAUGUAACCCGAGGUACCACUGUAUACCCAUUGAAAUUAAUGGGCUUAAGUUAGAGUCAUUUAUUUCAGUGGGUCUCCUAUAAGUAAAAGUUAGUUGAAUACAAUUCUGAGAGACUGUGAUUGGCCCAAGGCCCCUCAGUGAACUUCAUGGCUAAUUGGGUAUUUGAACCUUCGUCUUAGUCCGGCGCUCUGACCAUUAAACCAAACUAAAUCAUCCAGAUUUUUGCUGCUAAUUGCCCUUGUUUUUCAGUUUUUGGAGUUUUCUCUGAUUUAUUCUCUUCUUUGUUUUAAAAAGACACACCUGUUAAUUAUAGAACUCAUGAUCACCAAAAUAAGUCCACGGGACACAAGGUGCAGGUGGUUUAAGAAAGGGUAAUAGGAGGUGCUGUCCAAAACAUCUAGAGAACAACAGGCUGGGGAAGUCUGGACUAGAACAGCAGAAUGCCACUAAAAGCUAUGCCAAAUGAGAAAGGGGAGAGUUUGCCUUCUUGCUCUGCUUCCCAAACUCGUUUGUCUCUCCACUGUCAGAAACAGAGAUGCUGGACUAGGCAGAACUUUUGCCUUGUCUUGCAAACCUCUUACUAUGUGAGGCACACAUUUAAUUAUUAUGAAUGGGUUGUAUCUGGUGCAGUGCUAAGUUGAAGUCACUUAGCAGCAUACUUGUUCUGGUUCAUUACCACAGAUGGCUGUGUAAUGGAUUGUGCGGCACAAACCAGCUGUUGCGCAACAAGCUUCCGCUAGUGCCAUUGUUGCAUUGGAUUCUUUCAAAUUCUUCCAUCUGCUAGCCCAAGAGUUCCUCCACUGGCGGAGAGAGAACUCUGUUGGAUACGGCCCUUUGCUGAAAUGGAGAUGGUAGCCAUGAUUUUUCUCUUCUAAGCCACGCUGCUCUUUUCGUUGCUUGACCCACUCUUCCAUUCCUCUUAUUCUCUCCAGUUCCUGGGAGACUCUACGAAGUGAAGCUGGUGGCGUUCAACAAGCAUGAAGAUGGCUACGCGGCAGUUUGGAAGGGAAGGACCGAGAGGGCGCCUGUAACCGUAGCAGGUAGAUGCUGCUGCUGCUGCUGCUGCUGCUGCAAGGCCUUGACUCCUGGCUCAUGUUUGUGGAUGGCUUUCCCACAAAGCAAUAUGAUAAGGCAGCCUUUGCCAACCUGGUGCCUCCAGGUGUUAAGACAAGGGCAGCCAAAAUGAUCAAGGGAAUGCAGUAGCAGAUUCACAUAUAAGCUAAACAAGCUAUAGCUUAGGGCCCCACUCUCUUGGGGGCCUCAAAAAAAAUUAAAAGAAAAAACCUGGAUGUACAUUUCCAAAAUAUAAGAUAAAAAACAAAUUAAAAUAAAACCUACAUGAAGCAACAGUGUUUUGAGUUGGGUAUGGACCUAUUAGGUUCAUCAAUUACCAUAUAGCAUAUAUUCAACACAAGAAACAGCGACAAUUUGUUGUUGACAAAGGACAGCUGGACAUAUAAAGGGCCCCAUUACCUUCAGUAGCUUAGGGCCUCAUCAAACCUAAAUCCAGCCCUGAGGGGAUGGAAAAACUCCCUUAUGAGGAAACGUUGCAGUAUUGGGGACUUUUGGAUGAGAGAAAAGAUGUGUAAAAGGUGGCAUGAUUGUUUAAGCAACCACAACAAUUCAUUAUGUAUAUGCCAACCAUCUAACUGGGUUGCUUCCAACAGAAUACAGUGGAACCUCAGUUGUCCAACCUAAUGAGUUCCAGAAGGCCGUUCGACUUCUGAAACGUUUGUCAACCGAGGCUCAAUGGACAGCUGGCAAAAUCCGUUGAAAAAAUGGAGAAACGCACCUUGGAAGCCGUUCGACUUCUGAGGCAUGUUCGAAAAUGGGAGCAUUCACUUCUGGGUUGUCGGCAUUUGAAAGCCAAAACAUCCAACAAUCGAGGUUCCACUGUAUUUAAAAACAACAACAACAACAAGAAAACAUCAAAUAUUUAAAAAUUCCCUUUAGAUGCAGUUUGCACGCAUGGAAAAAGGAGAGAGAAAAGUUUUUCUCCUUCUCUCCUAACCCUAGAACUUGUGGACAUCCAUUGAAGCCAAAUGUUGGACAACCCAGGACCGUUAAAAGAAAUGACUUCUUCAAGCAGAGCAUAGACUAUGAAAGGUGGUUCCAUAGGAGGCAGUGGUGGCCCCCAACUUGAAUGGCUUUAAAAGAGGGUUGGACAAGUUCACGAAGGAGAAGGCUCUGCUCUGCUUCCAUGGUGGGAGGCAGUCAUGCUCCUGAAUGCCAGUUGCCAGACACCACAGGAGGGAAAAGAGCUCUUGUGCUCAGGUCCUGCUUGCUUGUUUCAUAGGCUUUUUGGGCUGGCAGCUGUGAGAACAGGGUGCUGAAUUAGAUGGGCUGUUGGCCUGAUCCAGUAGGUUCUGCUGAGGUUCUUAUGGACCACAGCUCCAGUCAUCCCCAUUUGACUUCUUCCACAUUCUGUGGCUCAUCUGACCACAACAUUUCACCCUGCCUUGUUUCCGCUGUUGUUCCUUUGCAAGCUGCUCCAGGAGCCAUCCUCCAUGUGCCUGAUUCUGCAUUUCUUCUCUUCUCUUGAUCAUCCUUUCAGACCCUCCACUUCAGAAGGGCCCACCACUGCCCCCAGCCCAUGUCUACGUGGAAUCCAACAGCUCCACGUCAAUUUGGUUGAGGUGGAAGAAGCCGGAUUUCACCACGGUGAAGAUCGUCAAUUACACCGUGCGGUUCAGUCCCUGGGGGCUGAAAAACGCCUCGCUUGUGACUUACUACACAAGGUAAGAGGGUGACUAGCAAAGCUAACGGGAAAAGUCAGGGGAGCCUUAAACCAGAAAACCCAAGAAGAAUGGAAAAUAUUUAAGGGAUAUAUAAGAUUAUAUUGUAAAAGUGAUACCAUCUUAGCAGAAGUGGAAUGAUACUUGUGAACAAUAGAUAAAUGAAAUAAAUAUCAUAGUGGAAUGUAAGAAAAAGGAUAUAAAAACUGUGUGAUAAUACCAUGACAAUAGAAAAAGUAUAACGAGAACAACUGGAAGUUUCUUGCAAAAUAAUUUUAUUUGAUAGAUAUGAAACUCUUGGGUUUUCUUCUUCUUCUUUUUUCUUGUUCUUUUUUUAAAAAAUUGUUUUUACAUCGUGAGGUUUUUUUUCCUUUUUCCGUUAUUUACUUCUGUAUUUAACUUUGUUAUACCUAUUUUCAUUGUAUGUUUGUAUGUUAAACCAAUAAAGAUUUACAAAAAAAAGAAGAGUGUGACUGAGCACCCGUGCAGUCUGCAUAUGGGGUGCUGCUGCAAAGAAAGAGGACGGGUGAAAGUUUUUCUCCCUCUCUCAUCAUGCUAGAACUUGUUGACUUCCAAUGAAGCUGGAUGUUAGGAGACUCAGGGCAGAUAAAAGAAAGGGCUUCUUCACGUAGCCCAUAGUUAAACUAUGUGACUCAUUCCCACAGGAGGCAGUGAUGGCCACUAAUUUGGAAGGCUUUUAAAGAGAAUUGAGCAAGAAUAUUUAAUAAAAACUUUUUUAAAAAAGAAGCUCAUAUUAAAGGACAGGCAGGUACGUAUGUACGGAGAUGGCCCAUUAUUGGCAGCUUCUGCAGCGACUCAUGAGAAGGGGCAAUGAAUGUGCAUGUUACCUUUGUACACUAGGCUAGUUUCUACACAGACUCUUACUGUCCUCCCUGCUCUCUAUCCAAGCAGGCAAGACACCUAAUGGGAGUUCAAGGACACAUUCCAGCAAGGCAAAAACAUUCAAGGAGGGUGCAAAGCAGGGCUGAUGAGGGGAGGUACGCCCUGAGGAGCGCCUUGAAGGACCACAUUCAGCCUCUGGGCCUGAAGUUCUCCAGCCCUGUACAUAAUCCAUGACUUAAUAAACCAUAUAUUGGCAAUCCAUGGGUCAGCAUUAAGGCCAGUGAGUUCUGCAUCCAUCAGUUUCCUGUCCUAUCACAGAGAAGCCCAUGACUUCUCUGAAUGAAUUCUUUGCUUCAAGUGGGGCUCCUAUUAGGUAAGAAUCUCAAAUAUCAAGUGAAGCACUAUGAAACCACAAGACCUGCCAUCUCUUCUGUUUUGACAGCUGCCAGUCUUCUUAUGGGGGUACACAGAUUGCAGAUGGCGUCAUAAUAUUUUCUCCCUUGUGGGCAUUCUUCCUUCCAUAGCUCCGACGAAGACAUCCUCAUCAGUGGGCUGAAGCCGUUCACCAGAUACGAAUUUGCCGUACAGUCGAAUGGCGUCGGUGUCGAUGGGCCAUUUGGGAAUGCGGUGGAAUGGUUCACCCUUCCAGACAGUGAGUACACAACAGAGUACUUGAUAAAUAAAUGUCUGCAGGUUUUGGGCGAAAGAUUUGAAUGGGGGAGUGUAGGCUACCUUACCUAACUGAACAAUAGCAUAUGUGUUCCAUGAAGGGCCGGCCCUAUCGUUAGGCAAAGCAAGGCAGCGUUAGGCAGAGUCUCAGACAGCAGAUGAGGGAUGGAGGCAUUGACGGAAAAGGUGUUGGGCAGAAGAGAGCUGGGCAUAUCACCUGCCUAGACCGAUGGCUGCUUCUCUCCCAACCCUGGGACCAGUGGCUUCUUCACACAGCUCAUAGUUAAAUUGUGGCUCUCUGUCCCCCAGGAGACAGUGAUGGCCACCAAUUUAGUUGGCUUUAAAAGAGGAUGAGACAAACUGAAGGCUGCUGCUGUGUUCUACCUCCACUGUCACAGUCAGCUGCCAUUUCCUUGGCUUCUGCAUGUGGAAUGAUGGGAACAGCGGAGGCUCCACCUUUCCCUUUGCCUCAAGCAGCAAAAUGGCUUGGGUUCUUAUCCAGGUUCUUGCAGUGCUUCGUUUUAAGAGUGAGAGUUUUAAAUGUAAGUUUUUAGCCCCUAUAACUGCUUAUUCAAAAAUAUUCUGCUGUUCAUUUUAAAAAAUUCUCACUAAAAGAUAGAAAUCUCCAAUACAGGCAAAAGCAAAUAAAUAUUUACGACAAUAACUAAUAUUUGCUCUGCAAAGAAAUCAAUUUUUCAGUGUGUUAGAACUCAUACUUUGGAACUCCCUGCCUAUUGACAACAGGCAGGUGACAUCGCUGUACUCUUUUUGAUUUUAAUUAUUCUUAAAGGUUUUUAAAUAGUUGUUUAUUUUUUUAUUCUUUUUGUUAACCACUUUGAGAGGUUUGGCUUUUUUAAUAGAAUCCUGCAGAAUAUAAAUUUUGUGAAAUAAAUAAAAAUAAAAAACGAAGACGCAACAGCAGCCUCGACCAGAAAAAAAUCCAAAUUAAGAGCUCCCAUGGGCCUUGUCAUCAGACAGCCAUGCUGGCUGGCGGUGCGGAUGGCACUUGAAGUCCCAGACAUCCAGCAGGCACCAGGUUGGGGAAGGCUGGAGUAAGCCGUACGAAGUUGGUUUUCUACUGAGUCUCACAGGAAGCUGCCUUAUACCAACAGACUGUUGAUCCACUUAGCUCUGUAAUGUAUGCACUGACAUUACAGCCCUACCAGGAGGCACCAGGGAUUGAACCUGGAACCUAGUGCAUACAAACUACCAUAUUUUUCGCUCUAUAAGACACACCAGACCAUAGGACGCACCUUGUUUUAGAGGGGGAGAACAAGAAAAAAAUAAUCUCCCCCUCUCUGCUCAGCGCCCCUUCAGCGAAGCGGCAGGAGAAAUGGAGCCCCUUCCAUUUCUCCUCCCGCUUGGCUGAAGGGGCGCUGCGCAGCUCCCCCUUCUCUGCUGAAGCCAGGAGAGUCUUGCUCUCCCGGCUUCAGCAAAAAGGAACCCAAAGCCUGCGGAGCGCAGCGGGAACUCACGCUGUGCUCCGAAGGCUUCAGGCGGCUAUCCCUGAAGCCUGGAGAGUGAGAGGGGUCGGUGCACACCGACCCCUCUCGCUCUCCAGGCUUCAGUGAAAGCAACGCUAAGCCUCCGAAGUGCGGAGGGAGCUCUCCCUCUGUGCUUCGGAGGCUUUGCAUUGCUAUCGCUGAAGCCAAGGAGCCUGCAUUCGCUCUAUAGGACACACACACUUUCCCCCUUAAUUUUUGGAGGGGAAAAAGUGUGUUCUAUAGAGCGAAAAAUACGGUACGUGCUUUGCCACUGAUCAUUGGUCCUUCUAGCUGAGCAUUAUAUGCACCAGUACCCUUCUUCAACCUUGAAGUCCCUAGUGGUUGUUGGAGUCCAACUCCCAACAUCUACAGGCAGCUUAGCUAAAGGUCAGGGAAGACAGGAGUUAUAGCCCAUCAACAUGUGGGGACCCAAGGUUCAAGAAGAUCACUGUGGCAGUGGCUCCCCAGGGUUCUAGACGAGGGACAUAGCAGGUUGGUGUCAGGCAGCACAGGAUCCAACCCCCCAUGGCAGGUUGCCAGGAAUGGAUAAGACAAGGAAAAGUUCUUACCAACUGCUUUUUAUUCAAUAUUCACAGAGAGAGGCUGAGAAAUUCAGCCUCUUGGAAUAAUGGCGUUGCUCCGCGUGAGUCUCCACCCCUCCCUCGCUCCCUUCACGUGUCAUCACUAUGGGUGCUGACAAGCGCCCUCUGCCUUUGAGCUCUUUGCUCUCCUACUUUCAAGGCUCGCCAGGUUUGGGAGGGUGUCUGGAAUGCUUUGUAAAUACGCUGUGUCUGUCAGCUGUCGCCCCCCUAGUGCUUCUUCCUCCUCCUCUCCCAUUAUUUCCCAGCUUUCCCCCUCAUCUGCCUCUGAGCUGUGAUCUCCCUCAAACCCCUGUUGUAAUUCUUAACUGCUUUCUUCUUCUCUGGAAGGGUCAGGCUGGGGAGGCGGUCUCUACCGUACCUCCUCUGCCCAGUCCCUGACAUCUGGAGACGGCUGCCUUAACGGUUGCUCGACAAACCCCCUUCUCCCUUUUUGCGUUCUGUCCUCCCCUUCCUGCAGGGCCGUCAACACCUCCCUCCGACUUGCGGCUGCACCCCAUCAACCCAUAUGCCGUCCAGGUCCACUGGUGCCCCCCCUCUGAGCCAAAUGGCAUCAUCGUGGAGUACCUCAUCCUGUACAAUGCCAAUCACACUCAACCUGAUGAGAUGUGGACUCUACUGACAAAAGAAGGUAAAAAAAAUGCAUAGAGGAAACUUUUGCGCAGGAGUACGGGAGUAGUUUCGUUUUUCAACUUUCCCUCUGGGGUCAUCUGCCAGGGGCCAAAUGCCAGGGUGAGCAGGGAUGGCGGUGAAUAGGUUUUCUCUUCUUCUGCCACCCCCUCUCCCCCUCUUUGCUACCCAAAUGAAAUUGGACUGAGGGUUUCCCCACCCCUGUGGAUGUUUGAAGAAGAAGCGAUCUUCCUCGGCCUCGGCCCAGUAUACCUGAAGGAGCAUCUCCACCCCCAUUGUGCAGCCUGGACACUGAGGUCCAGUGCCAAGGGCCUUCUGGCUGUUCCCUCACUGCGAGAAGCGAAGUUACAGGGAACCAGGCAGAGGGCCUUCUCAGUGGUGGCGCCCGCCCUGUGGAACGGCCUCCCACCCAGUAUCAAAGAAAUAAACAGCUAUCUGACGUUUAGAAGACAUCUGAAGGCAGCCCUGUUUAGGGAAGUUUUUAAUGACUGAUGUUUUGAUGUAUUUUUAAUCUUUUUUGGAAGCUGCCCAGAGUGUGUGGGGUAUAAAUAAUUUAUUAUUAUUAUUAUUAUUAUUACUACUACUACUACUACUACAUGGGAGCCGCAGAACAUCUGCUGUGUUUUUUAACCAGUCUGCAACACUUGAGCACCUGCUGGGUUUGCUCUCUUGCUCAGGCAAUACGUUCAGCACCGAAGUCCACGGGCUGGAGAGCGACACCCGGUAUUUCUUCAAGAUGGGAGCCAAGACGGUGGUCGGGUCAGGGCCGUACUCCAACGUCAAGGACGUGCAGACCUUGCAGGAGAAGUUCUCAGGUACACGCAGCAGCGCACACAGUGCAAGGUGGGGUUCGCCUUGGCAGGCCGCGGCAUCACCCUCUUCUCUUUGACUGCUCUCCUGUGUCCCUCAGAUAUGCUGGACGUUCACUCUGUCACGGGGAUCAUCGUGGGAAUCUGCCUAGGCUUGCUGUGUGUCCUCUUCUGCAUGUGCGCCAGCUUUCGCAACAACAAGCCAAGGUAGGUUUCUGCCUUGCCUUGGCCCAAAGUACAUCAGACCAAACUGAAGCCUGUCCGUUCGGCCAUGAGCCUGCCAUAUCUGUAUCGCAGCCUCUGUUCUGUGUCUUUUGUCCGAAGCCCUGGAAGGCCACUGCCAGUCAGUGCAGUGAGCGAGAUGUGCCAAUAGUCUGACUCAGUCAAAGAAUGUCUCCUAUGGUGCUAGAGAAAGCAUUGUCACGGACACACGUAGCAGGAUAAUCUCAGUAUAAUACAAACGUAGCUGCAACCCUAAAGUGUACCAUAGCAUAUGUUUUUUCUAUUGGCUGACUAACACAGCUGCCUUGCUGGAAUUAGGAAGGCAGUGCCGCAGUUUUUGAAAGUAAAGGUCUCAGCUGCUGUCCCUGGCUGCAUCUCCAGGCAGGACUGAAAAGAAACCCCUGCUUGAAAUCUUGGAGAUCUUCUACCUGCCAUUGUGGACAAUAAUGACCUAGAUCAAGGUUUCCCAAACUGGGGUUUUCAGCUGUUUUUGGACUACAGUUCCCAUCAUCCCUGACCACUGGUCCUGCUAGUUAGGGAUGAUGGGAGUUGUAGUCCAAAAACAGCUGGAGACCUAAGUUUGGGAAACCCUGACUUAGAAGGACCAGGGGUCUAACUCUGUAUAAGGUAGCUUUCUGUUCUGUAUAUCAUCCUGCAGCAAAUAAAUCAGCAAUUGGUCAUUUAAUAACCUGCUGAUAUUGGCCAAGAAUGAUCCUGUGCCUAGCACUGGUUCAGUCUGCUGGGAAAUCUCCAGCAUUCAUUGAGCUGCAGGGGACGUUUCGUUACUGGUUGGUGAGCGCUUAGUCUUUUGUUCAUUCACUCCUGCAGGGAGUCUGUGGCAGGCCUGGUUUCCCAAGCAGCCGGGAACCACACCUACUAUCACCGGAGCCGGCAAACACCGUCCCUUCCUGUGGCCCCCUCCAACUCUCAUGAACUGGAGUCCCUGAUGACCCCGCUCUCUGAUGAUGCUCCCUCACCACCGGCGGACAUCAUGGAGCUGACUGAAGUGCAGGGCCUCAUUCGUGGUUGCCCCCUGGAUGACAGCAUGGGCCACGUCAAAAGAAAGGUAUUUUAUUUGGUCCUGUGGUCCCCUUUCAUGGGGAUCCCCUUGCCACUUGGAAGGGAAACAAGCAGUCCUCAGAUAACCUGCUCCCAAGGUGGGUUGGAUAUUUUUGGGGAGGUUACAUCUUACAGUUUGAAUUGUGCCUCGAAAUGUUGAAGGCAGUGAAGAUAUUUUAAUGCUGGCAGAUUAUGUUCCUGGCGAUCCUGAAAGCCCAAAUUAGAUUGCUUGGAAGGGGGAGGGGGGCAUGAAAGACAGGACCUUCAAGGUGGCUUUCUCUGAAAUGCUACCUGUUCCACACGCAGGGCCAGCUAGACAAUGCAUGGAUGAGAUGUUGGGAAGAGGGGGUUUGAAUUUGUUAGGCACUGGGAGACAUUUUGGGACAUGCUGAGAAUGUGCAAAAGGGCCCAGGCACCACUUCCGCCAGGAUGGAAGCAGGUUGCUGCAGCUUAAAAUAAAAAUAAUAAUUAAUGUGAUUGCUGGGGGUGGGGUGGAGAACUGAAAGGAGCCAAGAAGUGUCUGGUUUGGGGUGAAAAUGAUUAUGACUAUCCAGAUGGGGCCAGAUAAGUUCUGCAAAGAAAGUGCAGGAGCACAUGAUAGCCAAUUGAAAGGCACAUUUUGAUUUUUUGGCUGAGUGCAAGAAAGCAUCUCUUCACCCACCCCCAUUAAGUUCUCUCCCAUGGAUCAGGCCUCUGUCCCACUGCCUUGCACCAUCAAUAGAGAAAACGUGUGCUGGGAUCACAGGAUCUGGGAAAAGUGAGCUUGAGCAAAAAUAAUCUGAACCUUGAAGAGCACAUAGAGCUGAAGGAGGAAGUGGGGAAGAGAGUCGCUUUUCCAGCUUCCUCCUUCAGCUGUAUGUACUUUGCGAGGGAGGAAACGGGAGCAGCGAAGAGGAGCGGGAGGCUGGUUCACAGAUACCAUAGGAAGACCUCAGUGGAGGACUUGCUGGCAACCAGUGCCCUCAGGCUUAGAAAACGCAACGGUCCCCUGAGCUAAGCCAUCCCUGUGCUAAGGUAGUGUAAAAUAAUAAUUGCUAAACCUGGAGUACCAGAGAGAACUUCUGCAGUACAGAACCAAGCUAAAUCAUGUGUCUUAAGAGAUGUCAGUGGAUCCCACUUAUUGCUUCCCAAGAUGUUCUGCAUGUGUAUUUAGCCCAUUCCCCUUUGCUGGUUGGGGCUUGGUGUCAGCAAACUGCAUGCCAGAGUGCAAGAAAUGGUCAUGGUUUUGAGCACCAUUCUUUUUCCUCUGAGGGACGCGGGUGGCACUGUGGGUUAAACCACAAAGCCUAGGACUUGCCGAUCAGAAGGUCGGCGGUUCGAAUCCCCACGACGGGGUGAGCUCCCGUUGCUCGAUCCCUGCUCCUGCCAACCUAGCAGUUCGAAAGCACCUCAAAGUGCAAGUAGAUAAAUAGGUACCACUCCGGCAGGAAGGUAAACAGCGUUUCCGUGCGCUGCUCUGGUUCGCCAGAAGCGGCUUAGUCAUGCUGGCCACAUGACCCGGAAGCUGUACGCCGGCUCCCUUGGCCAGUAAAGCGAAAUGAGCGCCGCAACCCCAGAGUUGGUCACGACUAGACCUAAUGGUCAGGGGUCCAUUUACCUUUACCUUCUUCCUCUGACUCCUUCUGUGGCCAGAUGUUGCCCCAUGCACAGAUUUGCAUCAUAAGGUUCUGGAGCUUGGUGUGUUUUAUGGACAGGCAGAAGAGGGGGGGCUGCACCCGUGCAUCGUCCCCACUCCCACUCCACCCCCCAAGUCCUGCUGUCAUGGCAGUUUCUGCUCCAAGAUCCCUUUAUAACUUUUUCUUUCUUUUGCGGCAACUUAUUUUGCCUGCCAAUUGUGCCGCCUUUGCUUUUGCUCCCCACUUCGCUUGCCCCUCCCCGCCCACCCUUUUUCUUUAAAGCUUCCCAGAGUUUGUCUGGAGCAUUUCAUUUCAUUAGGGAAUGUUUAAUUGGCCUAAUUUAGCUAAUCAGUUUAUGCCUGUCUUUGUAGCCUGCGGAGAAUGUGUAAGGUAAUUAGGAGAUUGACUGAAACAAGUGUGUGGCGAGCGCGUGGGAUUUCGCGUUGGCGUCAAUCAUGACAUUUCUUGCGGGUCCCCAGCUCUGAAGAGAAAGCAGCCGUCAACGGGGAGGAGGGCAAAGUGCAGUCGGGUGGCAAGAGCUUUAGCUGGGCAGGGUAGAGUUUCUUUACAGCCAGAGGUUUUACCAGUGCGGCUCUUUGCGGGUGGAGAAAUGGCAGUGGACCUGGGUUAAUGUCUUCUGCCUCCGCCAAGGACUCACCACAUGGCCCUGAGGCAAUUCACCCUCUCUUAUCUUCCAUUCCCUGUACAGUGGUACCUUGGGUUACAUACGCUUCAGGUUACAGACUCCGCUAACCCAGAUAUAGUGCUUCAGGUUAAGAACUUUGCUUCAGGAUGAGAACAGAAAUUGUGCUCCGGCAGCGCGGCGGCAGCAGGAGGCCCCAUUAGCUAAAGUGGUGCUUCAGGGUAAGAACAGUUUCAGGUUAAGAACGGACCUCUGGAACGAAUUAACCUGAGGUACCACUGUAUUUAAAAAGGGAAUAAUAGCUCCAGCUCAGCUGCUUGUAAACCGCUUACAUAAGAACAUAAAAAGGGCCUGGCUGCAGGAUCAGGCCAAAGGGAGCCCAUCUAGCUCAGUGUCCUGUCCUCACAGUGGCCAUCCUGAUGCCUCUGGGAAGUCCAGUAGGAGGACCCCAGCCCAGCAGCACUCGUCCUGUGAAUCCCAGCAACUGGUAUUCAUAGGCUACUGGUGGCAAAGGCAAAACACCACCUUUUUGGCAAGUAGCCACUGAUAGCCCUCUCCUCCAUGACUUUGUCCAGUCUUCUUUUAAAGCUAUCCAAAAUGGUGGUCAUCACUCCCUCUUGUGGGAUUGAUUUCCAUAGUUUGUUGGGGCUGCCAUAUGUCCGGAAUUUCCCGGACAUAGCUGGGAUUCGGUCCUCAUAAACAGCGCCUAUGUCGGAAGUGUAGAUUGAGCUAUUAAAAAUAGUUCAGAAUGUCACAUUUAAGCUCAGUGAGUUUGGCCAAAAAUACUUUUUAAAAACUCAACAACUUUUGUGUCCGGAUUUUCACUUUUUAAAUACGGCAACCUUAAACUAUAUGUUGCGUGAAGAAGUAUUCAUCCUGAAUUUUCGACCAUUCGGCUUCAGUGGAUGUCCGGAGUGACAAUCUGACGAGAGAGGGAGAAAAAGACUCUAUCUACUAUGUCCCCCUUUACACACCUGUACAGCAGGUCAGGUGGCCAGGAGGAGUCAUCUCCGAGACCCUGUGAGGCUUGUCUGAGGAAGCGGAAGUAUAAGAUCUUCCAAGAGAUGCAACACAUGGUCUUUCAUUUGCUUUCAGACUCCAUAUUAUCUUCAAUGGCAGAUGCAGACUCGAAACAUCAGAGCCAGCCCUGCCACUUGCCAGAGUGGGGCAGCUGCCUCAGGUGCCAGAUGCUGGAGGUGUAACCCACCCCAUCCUCCUGAGUCCCCAAAGCUAGUCUGUGCCCCCUAAGCUAGCCUUCUGCCCUCUAGUAUUGCGGGAUGGAGGGGAAAGUUGUCCCACAACCACUGUUGAAAUAAGAUUCAGCUGCCAGUCUGGUUAGAUUUUGUUCAUUGGGGCCGCUUACCUUUUUCAGUUUGAGGGCUGCAAUCAGCCCUCCGCGCAGGGGGGGGGUAUCAUCGUAUGCCACCCCACGCUCCCAUGCACCCAUUCUCAGGAAAGCAUGGAGACUCACAACCCCCCUUCAGCGGUUCUGUACAGAUUAGCUGAGGAAAGGUGAAGAGUUGCCACCUCUGCUGGACUCAUCAAACAAUCUACCUGAUGACUGGGAAAGGGGUGAUCUGCACCCCCACCACUGGUCUCUGCCCACCCUAGCACCCUGUUUGCUUAAUUUCUCCCCUCCUUGCCACCACUGCCAAAAUCAGACAAGCUGAAUUUUUUGAAUCAUCGUUCAAGGGCAGCCCCACCAAGAGCGUUUUGCGGUAGUCCAGUCUGGAGAGCAUGAAGUACGGUGGCCAAGUCCUCCCAUGACAGCCCUGCUGGAAAGGAAAGGGACAACCCAGAGCCCCGCAGGGCCUUUGCCAGGCAGGGAGGGACCUGGGCAUGAGUGCCCUGAGCACAGCAGCUGCGAGUGUUUUGUUUCAGCCUUGAGCUGAGCAGGGAGACAUCUUCCGCCUGGUCUCCACGCCCCUGGCCGGCCGCUAGAGGGGAGCAAAGACAAUCUAUGUUCAAGCCUGCCCUGCAGAGGGGUGUGUGUGUGUGUGUUCUGCCACUACUGUCAGCAUUUGGUGGGGGAAGGAAAGAGGCCUGCCCUCCUUUGAAGAGUCUCCAUGUAAGAGAGUCUCCAUGUGGCUUCAUCAUCCAUUGAGACCCCGGGUUAUCUUGGAAAACGUGGAUGAACGCAACUCUUCUUCGCUGUUCCAUCUGAGCUGUUUGGGGUUUGAGCAAGUGAUGGGGAAGGGGUGUUUAUCCAUUUAUCUCAAAGUCCUCACCACCCCCCUCUUUUCACACCCACUGAGAGGCCCCUGCUGGCUAAUCCUGCUGCUGCAAACUCAUUUCCUUUGUCCUGGUGGCUUUGAUGUCUGUGCUAACCCACCAACCCAGCCUGGGUUAGGUUUUUAAUGUAGCUGCUGGUCAGUUUCAGCUACAAGGGACAGCUGAAACUCCACAGUUUUCUGGUUUUCCAACCAUCAGUUGGCCCAGUAAAAAGAUGCAGCUUUCAUCUUUGUCUUUCAUUUUCUUCUACGCAAACCAUUAUUGACAGGUGCCAGUUGUUCCCCGACCUUAUUUUGAGACAGAUUUUGGGGUGUGAUUUCCACUUUAUAUCUCUACAAAAAAGGGGGGAGGGUUGGGAAGCUCAGGGUCUGUGUUGUUAUUUUUCUAAAAGGAAAUAUAUGAGGUUUGGGGGGGGAGGAGGAAAUGUGGCUGCCUAACCAAGACUUGGCCCAUACAGUCAAACCUUGGUUCCCGAACGCCUCCGUUUUGGAACGUUUUGGUUCCUGGAUGCUGAAAACCCAAAAGUAACUGCUCUGGUUCUUGAACGAUUUUCGGAAGCCAAAUGGCUUCUGAGCCAUGUUUUUAAACCCCCCCCCCAUUGACUUUGCAGCCAGCCCAUUGAUCCUCGGUUUUCAAACUUUUCGGAAGCCGAAUGGUCUUCUGGAACGGAUUAAGUAGUAGCAUCUGAUCCAAACUCAGCCUGCCCUCAGCCAGCCCCAAUCGGCCUACCUUCUUAUUCCUGCCCCCUCCUGUGAAGCUUCCCUUCACAGCUGAGAGAUCCCUGCCCCUCUCCUGCUUGCAUGCAAGUAGGAGUUGGGAGGCUGCUCUGAUAGGCAGCAUGAAGCCUCCCUUCACAGUUUAGUUGCUGGGGUCAGGGAAGGUGGAUGCAGCCUGGAAGCUGCAUUUUGAGCUCCUGCACCACCAUCUUAUGGGGACUUCCGAGCAGCUCCUGAAGCCAGUCAGAGCUAACUGCUCUGGGCUGCUGAGACUGCCGUUGCUGCGUUUCCCAGGGACAUUAGAUGAAAUCCAGGCACAUUCCAGGGAUGGAAUUUGUUCGGGGACUUAUUUGCAAAUCCGGGGACUGUCCCUGGAAAACAGGGACAUCUGCUAACCCUAAUUUAGCCAUGCAGGCACCCAGACCUCCCCUCCAAGGUGAGAAGUAUUUCUAUUGCAUGUUUAGCAAUCGUUUCUAAAUUUCCCUCCAUGCCUAUAAAUCUGGAUAUGUUUACUUGGGUCCCCUUUGGUCCUACUUUUUGGUGGUGUAUUUUUGGUGGGCGUUGUGCAGAGUUAGACAUACUGUGAGUUGAAGAGUGAGAAGGACCCUGAGGGGCUCGUCUUAAGAGUCUUAGGCGCUCUGAUUUAGUCUUGGCUUGGAAGGUGUCCUUGCCCAAGAGAUUGGCCCAGCUGCCCUGGCAAUAAGAUUGGCACAAGGAGGCUCUUUAACGUGCCCAGCUCACCCUUCCUUGUCCCUUCCCAUCUGGAUUAUUGACAACGGCAUGCCAUGGAAAGGUCACGGCACGAGAGAAACACACAACAUCUGGUGUGCUCCCCUCCACCUUUUGAUGUGGAAACGAGGUCAGCUCGACUUGAGCCAAGGUCAGCCUCAUGUUAGGAAGCAUCACACUCUGAUUUCUCACCCGCUCCACUGUUUCCGUGCCAGAACAGCAGCAUGCUAAACAGAUGUCAGGGAAGGUCCCUCUACUCUAAUACUUCCUCCUGUUUCAUCUUCUCUCCCCCCCCCCCCCCCGAGUUAAAACAUGAUUGCAUUUCUCUUUAUAAUCCAGUGUUAGAAUCUGAAGGUCUGUAGCUCAGUGGCUAGAACACAGGUCCUGAGUUCAAUGUACAGCAUCUUCAGGCAAGACUGGGAGAGCAUCCCUGUCUGAGAGCUGCUGCCAGUCAGUGUAGACAGCUCUGAGAUGAUGAUGAUGAUGAUGAUAAUAAAAAUAAAAAUAAAAAUAAAUUUUUAUUUAUACCCCGCCCUUCCUGGUUCAGGAAACCGGGCUCAGGGCAGCUAACAACAAAAUUUAAAAACACUUAAUUGGUGCUAAAAAAACCAGAACAGCAUAAAAUAUGGUAUAAAGUGUAAAUAACAAUAAAAUCAAAAAUCAAUUUAGGGGGGAAAUCCAUCCAAUAAACAUUAGAUGAUCACCAGGGCUAGCUGGCUAAAUUAGUCCCACUUGGGCCAGCGAAGAGACCAGGGGAGAACCAGCUGUGGGAUCCCAGAGAGGGCAAUAUUCACAAAAAGGGGAGGGAAGGAAGGGGAACAAAAGAUCAGGCGAGGUUCAAAUUGAAAGCCAGGCGGAAUAGUUCUGUCUUACAGGCCCUGCGGAAGGAAGUUAAAUUCCGCAGGGCCCUGGUCUCGUGGGACAGAGCAUUCCACCAGGUCGGAGCCAUCACUGAGAAGGCCCUGGACCUUAGAUAGAUGGACCAAGGCUCUAACUUGGUAUAAGGCAGCUUCAGACUAAGGAUCAUAGGUCAGCUUUAGAGCAUCUGCUUUGCAUGCGGAAGCCCCAGGUUCCGUCCCCAAUGGCUGGCGGAAUCUCCUUCCCAGAAUCCCUGAAGAGAAGCUGCUGCCAGACAAUUUUGAGUUUGAUAGAGCAAUGGUCUGACUUUGGAUAAGACAGAUUCCUAUGGUCCUCCUCUAAGAUAUGAAAUAGGGCUGGGGGUACUGAGAGCAGGACCUGGCAUGCUUUGGGGUGGGAGGGGAAGGCGAGACAACACCCUGGCAUUUCCAGUGGAUAUAGAGGCUUCUCUGGGUCCUCCUUGCAAGAGUGGGAGAGCUGUGUAUGCCAUUUUCAAUUUCCAGCUAGCGCGAAGGUUGGGGAGUGGGUGGGUGGGAACAGCAGCCUCUGUACUUUUCGAAACACCUGAGAGCAAGUCCUUUUGCCCCAGCUGGGGGCCUCCAGCACCCAGAGAAACCGUCCCACUCAGGGAUCUGGAAAAGGCCAACUGGAGAGCUGACCAGCUCAAUCUCUGAAAGGCCAGGCAAAGGCCGAAAGUGUUGCGCAUAGUAGUUUUUAUGGCAAACCGGAGAGGAGAGGAUAAAGGAGCCUGGACAAGCUCUCUUCUAGCUGUAUAAUUUAAUUAGACUUGCAAACAAGGUAACACUUGUGGCCCACGGGACUGGAGAACGCCGCAGAGGAGCAGGUUUUGGCCUGGUUUAUGAAGCAAUAGUUUUUGAGUCUGGGAUUGGGGGGUUGAGCAGGAUUUGGCCAUGCAGCUGAAACCUCUUGAAGGAGAUCAUCCAAUGCAAGAUAAACCACAGGCCUGCCAGCCUCCCAUUUUAAAAUGUCUUAGCAUCACUGCUGCCUCAUUCUUUCUCUCACAUGCCUGUGGUUCGUUCUCUCUGUCUGUCUCUCUCUCCUGCCAUGUUAACAGCCCAAUUUGCUUCUUCAUUUCCCAUCUUGCUUCCUUCCUCUUCCUCCUCCUCUAAUCAGGUUUUGGCUGUUGUCUCCACACAAGGGAACCUCUUUGCAAAGACAGUGGCCCAUCCCUAGCUGAUGUUGUUUUCCUUUUGGUGAUUUUGACAGGGGAAGAAAACCCAUGGCCUUUUGAAACACAUACAUCAUAUAUCAACCCUGCUUAUGAAUGAAUUUACUCGGUCCAAACUAGUCCAAAGCUGAGCACCUAGGGGCAGAAAGACAAGAAACUCAUUCUUCCAUCCUGCCCACUCCCACAAACAAACAAACAAGCAAGUUAGUUCCCUUAAGUCUGCAAAGGCAGACUUGAAACAUGUGAGCCAAAGCCAGAGAAAUUCAGAACCUAGCAAGGGAAGAAAUGAUGUAAAGCUGAAUAUAUUUGUCUAACUUCAGAAGACUGCAAAAUUCUGUUUCUGUUGCUUUUUUUAAAAAAAGAAAUUAACCCAGCUCUCUUUAAUAUUUUUAUUUUGUUACAAAUCACUAAGCGGUAAGAAACUCAUUAAAGAGUAGAACGCUUUGCAAGAGUUCAUAUACACUUUGUUGAGGCCCUUUUUGCCCUCAUUCUCACUAAAGUGCUAGAAAUGCAGAUGAGGACUCACAUCACUGAAUACUCCUCUGUACAAAAAAAUAAAAAGUUUUAAUCCCCUCACCUAGAAAGCUAGCAUGUCAUGCAGCUGUUGACUACCUUUCUCCCUGACAUACUAAUUAUUUGCUGGGAUUAAUUCCUUAUUGCAUUUGGCUACCUUAAGUCCAAAGUGACUCAGCCAAGACUCACCUCAGUGGAAACAAAGCCUUUAUUUCAUUAUUUCACCAGGGCUUCAAACUGGUUGGAGAAGAGCAGCCUUACUGGUGCCCUCCAGAUGUUUUAGACAGCUGUGCUGGCUAGGACUGACAGGAGUUGCGGUCUGAAACAUCUGGGAAAGGCUGGCAAGGAACAGCCUUUUCCUUUUUUGCAUUACUAAAAGUUCAUUUUGUUUCCCUUUGUUUAUUUCCACUGCUUUCAUUUGCCUUGCAAAUCCCAGCAGCAAAGUUUCCCCAAAACCCUUAGGCUUUAUUUCCACCCACAGACCUUGGAUCUUCCUGUGUGGCACCAGAGAUAAUGUCCCUUCCUUUCCUUACAAUUCUGUAGCCUCCCUGGGAGAAAUCGCUGAGCAGCUGGGCAAACAGCAUCGCUGGCUAUGGAGACGCAGCUCCCAAAGAUCCCACCAUGGCUUUGAACGGAUCGUUGAAGAUGGCGUCCAACGGAGGGCAAAAGGUCUUGCUGCAAGCGCUGGUCUAUGAGGUUGUUACGGUGUGUAUUCCCAGCAGGGGGAUUCUUGCUGUUUAGAACAAGAAGGAAAAGAUUUGUUUGCAGGGCUCACAUAACACUGGGGACUGCGAAGUUACAUUUAAAUUCCUGGCUUCUCCUCAGAAUGCCUGGUUGACUAGUUUACCAGGAUAAAGUGCACUCUGUCAACAGAGCACCUAUAGGAAUUUCCCCAGGUUGGUGCCAGGGGUCAGCAUAAUUUGGCUGGAUAGCUACUCAGACUCUAGUGACUUCCCUUGAUCUGGACAUUAUACUUUUUUUUGUGUGUGGACAUCACCAGAUCUUAACCUAUUACAGUAUUUGUAAGACUGGCUUCCAGAUAUCAUUGAAUUUGCCCAUUGCCACUCUGUGUUUAUAUGCAAGUUGUUCAUAUGUUUGUAUAAGUUUUCAGUCUAAUCGUAGAGGGGAGCCACAUUUUUAUUUUUCCAAUUCAUCAGUAUCAGUCUUCUUGCUGUGGUAAGGGCACAGAGAGUCCACCCCCAUUGUCCUUUUGCAAGGUUCCAUGUGUUGCAAAUAUAAUUCAAGAGGAUAUUUUGCUCUGUAAAUGCAAGGUUGUUCCGUGCAGUUCUGUUGAUCGUUUCAGUUAUCUUCUGCCAAAAAUCUUUCAAUAUAGGACAAUGAAAAAACACAUAUUUUAGAGAAGCAUUAUCCCUGUUGCAUCUCCAGCAGUUAGAUACCUUAGAUAGCGCUUUUUUAAACAAACGUAAUGGGGUCCAGUAUAUUCUAAAUAUUAUUUUUUGUUGUAUGAGCUUCAAUUUAAGGCCCAGAGACAUUAUACUUCAGUUGAUGCAGCAUAGAAUAGCAUUCGCCUUUUUGGUUCUUGCAUCACACUGUUGACUCAUGUUAAGCUUGUGUUCACUAAGACCUGCAGAUCCUUUUCAUAUGUUCUGCUGUCAAGCCAGGUGUUCCUCAUCCUACGUUUGUUCAAGACGCACCUCCUGCUUUUCGAUAAUCACACCUUGCAGUAUUUCACUGCUGUUCCUACUCUUCGCUUGUCUCUUUCAUAAUACAGAACGACACGAACAAGGAACACACCCCCAGCAGCCUCAACCAGAUGGAAGCAGAGGUCAUCGUCCACUCCGACUUCUCAGCCUCUGACCGAGAUUUUGACUCCCAGCUUUGUGUGCUGGACGGGGAACCUGUUCUCUCUGAGGACUGCGAACGGGAACACCUCCAUGCGGAGAACUCGUCACGGCAGGCGUCCCCCAGCCUGAGCCUCACCAAAGUGUCCCGGGACCAAGAAAACGAGAGUGACCCUGAGGCCCACAGUGUGUUGCUCAGGAUAGAUGGGCAGGCCCACAAGAUGGCCGCUGAAUUUCUUGAGACAGACACUGGCUUCCCCAGGCCUGGCCAAAGCCUGGACUCGGCCGAGAGCGGGGACUCUGAUUCCCUUCCAGAAGGGGGAGAAGAUGCGCAAGCCAACCUGCGCAAGGCUUUCCCCACAGGCCAGUCGCAGGCCCUCUUGUGUAGCAGCCUCUCUAGUAUAAUCAAUUCACCCUCAGUGUUUGAGAGUGUUGCCUGCGUCCACCAUCUUUGAAGAGGGCGUUGACUAUAAACCUUUGACCAGAGCACAGCUUAGAAGUAACGUAAUACCUAUUAAAUAAGGCUUAGCCCUCGAUUGUACUAAAUAGCCUCACAGUUCCUGGUUUGGAGGAGGAGGAGGGCCUGGAAACCCCAGAGAGCCACUGCUGCCAGACAGAGUAGACAAUACCAAGCUAGAUGGACUUGUAUCAGGCAGCUUACUGUGUUCCUGUAAGAAGGUACAGCGGUGCCUCCCAAACGUUUUUACUAUGAAGACCUCCUCCCAACCCCACAAGUAUUUUGCCUUUGCAUUAGGACCCAAGAAGCUGCUGCCUGUCUUAUUUUGUGAGCAGUUCUCCUGCAGCACUCACUUUGGAAACGUUUAUGUAGCUGCUGGGGAUGCGGGUGGCGCUGUGGGUUAAAUCACAGAGCCUAGGACUUGCCAAUCAGAAGGUUGGCGGUUCGAAUCCCCGCGACCAGGUGAGCGCCUGUUGUUCGGUCCCUGCUCCUGCCAACCUAGCAGUUCAAAUCACGUCAAAGUACAAGUAGAUAAAUAGGUACCACUCUGGCGGGAAGGUAAAUGGUGUUUCUGUGCGCUGCUCUGGUUUGCCAGAAGCGGCUUAGUCAUGCUGGCCACAUGACCCGGAAGCUGUACGCCUGCUCCCUCGGCCAAUAAAGCGAGAUGAGCGCCGCAACCCCAGAGUCGGCCACGACUGGACCUAAUGGCCAGGGGUCCCUUUACCUUUAUGUGGCUGCUGAGGGUUAAGAAGGUGCCAUGGACUAGUAUUCUGGGGUCACAAAGGGCCAGUGUGGGCCACACAAGGCCCUCAGGGUGUUUUCAUCCCACCAGGAUUUCCCCCCUCCAGCCCACACAACCCCGUAGUGCCACCUUUUGGUGGUUGCCAUGCAGCCAGGAGACGCCUUGGCGCAAUGGAAUGAGCGCUGCUCCCUUCUGACGUUGGCACCUGUGUCAGGUUUCCACCUCUGUAUGGCGCAGAGUAAGCAGGUCUUUGGGUCCAGCUUUUAUGAGGCCUUUUGGCCAUCUGGCCUUGCAGAGGAACAGUAGGUUGUGUGACUUGUGAAACCGACCCAGAAUCUCUUAUGUCAAUACAGGGCCCUAUGGAAGGGUCUUCAUUUGCUGAUAUAGGGCCUAAACAGGUGGGGUGCACUGCCUCUCAUCUGGCUGAGCCGUUCCCUCAACUCCCCACCCCGUGCAAGGAUGGUUGUAUUGGUUUGUAGCUGCUGAGCCCUUUAACUGGGGGGCAGGGAUACCUUUGCCAACCCCUGGCACCAAUUCAGCUUAUUUCAUAUGCAAGAUUAGGAGGAACGGGCCAUUUUCCAAAUUCAGCCUUGAGGGGGAUGCUUUUUACAAGUCUUAAAGACUAUGUGAUGAGGGUUGUUUUUUUACCCCUUAGAAAUAUUUUAAUUAUAUUAAAUAUCAACUAUCCAGAAUUAAUGCUUUUACCCCUAUUUUUAAAAACAGGAAAGAGAACCCCCAUGCCUAAUGGCAUCCGUAACUGGAAAUGCCAAAAAUGAAUUUGCAUUAGCAUAACAUAAAUGCACAUUUUGUUCAAACAGAUCUCAGUUGAAAUAACAGUUAAGAGAAAUCCAACCGCCUCCCUCCAUGUGCAUGUCUUGUUUUGAACUCUACUUAAAAACACAGGUAGAGAGAAGUCACCGCUGCAGACAGAGGGAUGAGAGCUGAUUCAGUAUGGAAGGCCAUUCGAAUGGUCGCCCCUCUCAACCCGCUUUCAGCUUAAAACUUUUGUCUGUCUCCAGUCUAACACCGAACCAGGUGACAUUUUCCAAGUGUGUGAUACACAGCAAUCAGGAUGGUUAAAGCUGCAGUCCUGCAGUUUCUGGGAGGCUGUUGGAUCUCCCUCUCUGAAGUAGGAGAGGAAACUGUUGUGCAUCAAGUAUGCAUUAGAUGCUCUGCACUGCAGCUGGGCACAAUAUAUAUAUAUAUUCCUUUAUCAACCCCUUGCCCCAAAAGUAGAAUAAAAGUUAACCACCUUUGUAAAAAGUGCCAGUAAAAGAGCCCUCUUGCUUUUGGUCCAAGGACUCCGGUAACGUAUUUCUACUACCAGCACGUAGAAUUCAGUCUGCAGGUAUUCCGAGUGCACUGCAGCUCAUCUGGUGUUCUUCUGGUGCUUAAAAGGAGCCCCAACCAAGCUGGCCCUCAGCAUCCAGCAGCAGGAAAGCGUUGGGGUGGGGGCACAGUGGGGCUGUGGAACUGUUCCGAAACGCUCAACCUAUUCCUUGAAAUUUCCCUCCACCUCCCAGGCAGGCAUCCUAUUGGGUUGCGUCCUCUUCCGAUGCUGACUUUUCUGAUUGAGUAGAGAGGGUCACCCCUGCCCCCCUUGCAAUGCUGCUGUGACAUCCCUGCUCCCUCACUUUAUGUGAGAGUUGCAGUAUUUAGGGCCAGUUUAUACGUUCAGCCGAAUCAAGCGGUAUGAAGGUUUUAUUGGCCCGGACAACAGUUUCACUUUAGCCUUCACCCUGACAUGCUCACAACCACAGGUCAGUUUUUCUUCCCCUGCAAUGAAAGCCUUUCCACGGGGCUGGAGAGCCUCAGUCCUGGGGGGUCAAAGAUGCACACACCUCCAUGGGCCUCUUGAUCUGGCAAUGCAGCCCUCCUAGGUGCUGGGCUGUGUCCCUGACCUGCAAUACUGCCUCCUGUUUGUCUCAUGGAGAAUGGGGAGGGGCAGGUGGGGCUGUAGGAACCUCUUAAGUUGGCACACCUCUAAAUCUGUCCUGCUGUACCUCCAUUGCUUCUGCCUCUGGCCCCCAUGCAGCACUGGCAUGCGGCCCCCAGGAGGUUACCCACAGGGGAAUUUGUGGCCCUGGAGCUGAGAAAGCUCCCCCCCCCGUCCUUUCCCUAUGUUUUCUGUGUUCAUCAUCAGCAGGAAAGCAGCCUUCCCCCUGCCCCCAUGUUUCUGGUGGGUGCUGGCCCUUUCCUUGCAGGCAGGUGUUGCCGCCACUUAUUACACACUCUGCGAGUGCUUCUAACAACUUGCUCCGAAAAUAGAGAACCAUCUCCAGCAACUGGGUCACCUCACUAGCCUGGAUGUUUGUGUUAACACAGGCCGCUUUCCAGGCAGGAAGCCCUCCUGCCUCAGCCCCACUGAAAGCAUUGGGGGUCCAUUUAGGACUCUUGUUAAUUUCCCUGUGGGCUAGGUGAGGGAUUCCUGCUGUGAUGGGGCCCUCUAGGUUCUUGUACCUAAUAUUUUAGGUAUUGGCCUCUCUCUUUUUUCUCCUUUUUAAUGUAUGACAAUGUAUUUUUUAUUUCCUCAGAGCAUCUUUAUAUUAUUUAAUUUUUAUAUGAAAAAGGAAAAAAAAUCUAGUAGUGUGUGUCUCUAGUGUAGCAUUUGUACUGCUAUUUCUCUAUGGUGUUUCCCCCCUCCUUAACACAACAACUACCUCAUGCUUGUUUUUUUUUAUUAAAAAGAAAAGGAAGAAUAAAAGCAGUAGAUUUUUGCUCCUU